AGCCAGGGGGAACUUGCAGCUGACACUGCACGGGAAGGGGUAAGUGAGUUUGUGUGUGAAGGAGCAGCAGAGGCUGCAGAGGAUGGGGCAGCAAAGGCUGCACGGGAAGGGGCAAUGGGGGUUGUGGGGAAGGGGCAGCAGAGGCUGCAGAGGAAAGGGCCAGAGGCUGCAAGGGAAGGGGCAGCAGCGGCUGCACGGGAAAGGGCGGCAGGGCUGCACGGGAAGGGGGCGGCAGGGACCGGGGGAGGUGCUACGGGUUGCAGCGGGGAAGGGGGUAACGGGGACUGGUACGAGGGAGAGUGCCGCCCCGGCUGUAGCAAGAGAGGGUACGGCAGGGGGCUAGAGUGGGAGAGGGGACAGCAUGGGCCUCAAAGGCAAAAGGUGAGGCUGCAGGCUGAAGCAGCAGGGAGGGCCAUAGCACGGCCAGUAGGGGCGGCAGGGGCCGCAGCAAACGCGGGAAACACACAGCAGGGCCGGCAGGGCCGGCAGAGACUGCAAAAGGGGCUAGCAGUAAAGCGGCAGCAGGCGGGGUGGGCUUCGGGGGACAUAGGGGCAAACAGGGGAAGGAGAGGGGAGGGUGGUCCCGACCGGUGUCCAGGGGGGGCAGCCAAGGCCCUGGCCUUCUUGGCGGAGCCGUGCUCCCCGACCCCCACGCUGCUCCAUGGCCAGCCCCCCUCUCCGUCCCCAACGCCUGACCCCACGGUUGCAGGCGGUCCACCGGGAGAGCACGCGGCACACCUCUGCCCCCACCCUCAGGGGCUCCUUAGAGCACCACGUGGAGCAGCCAGGGCUCUGGUCUUCCUAGAGGAGCCAUGCUCCCCGACUCCUACCAACACCCAGCCACCCCCUACCGGCCCACUACCCCCUCCUCCACCAGGCCCCCCCCCCACCCGUCGCCGCACAGCCCCAACACGCCCACCCAACAGGCUGCCCUCCCCACACCACCCCCCCCAGGCAGCCGAGACCCACCCGCAAGGGCUUGCGCCCCAGGCUCAUGGGAGCGGCGGCACCCGGGUAGAGGGGCCCACAGGAGAGGCCACCACAGAGCCCACACAAAUCUCUCUCCCCCCACCGUUUGUACCUCGCUCUAACCUCCACACUGGCCCAGCCCCUCGACCCCCACCUCCAACCCCCUCUCCCGGCCGGGUUCCCCACGAGUGGCCCCGUUGGGCAGCCAUCACCCCCCACACACAGCUUGCCCGAUCUGUUCCCACGGAGGGGGAUGUUUCGAGGAGAGAGGAGAUGCACACAGAGCACCCCCCGCCUGGCGAACCACCCAUCCUCCCUCCACCCACCCCUUUGGCCCCACAGCCCCCCCUUCCUUCACAAACAGGCGCGGACGACCAGGUUGGCCGCCGGCGGAAGAACAGGGGCAGAGGAGGCAGAGGGUCAGCCCACGUGGCGACGGCCGCGAUCGCUACUGGGAGGGAGGCCGUCGGGUUGAGGGAUGCGCCCAUGGCAGACGCCACCGACUCUCCCUCCCAUCCCUCCCAUCCCUUCCAUGUCGACGACCCCCUACCGCAACCCAUGGUGAUUGGGGAGGGCCAAGGGGGCCUCCUAGGGCAGGGUCCACACCCGAGCUCCGCUCAGCCAGCACGCCCCACUCCACCCUCUACCCUGCCAGCCCUCCUACUCUCACCUACAGGCAGGCAGGUCUUCGAGACCCCAGAGGAGGUGAGGGCUGGCAUUUCAGAUUUGCUGGCGAUACACCGCCUGAGCAGCUCUCCGGCUGCCCCCACCCUUCCAGUCCCACAGGACCAGACCCGGACGUAUGCGGAGGUCACCCGGUCUGUCCCUUCUUUUAUCCCCCCCGCCACUCAGCCAGGCGCGUCACUCCCGACCCCAAUGGAGACGGACCGGGUUCUGAGGCCGUGUCACUCGCACCUAGACGGGGUGGCGCCUCCCCCCGUUCAGCCCGUGGCGCAGGAGGUCACCAGCAGUAGGGAUGAGGCAUCCGCCCCUACCGAGACCCCUCCGCCUGGGGUAGCAGAGCCGUCACUUGAACCGCACCCCGCCGAGGGGCAGGAGCACACCACGGCACACACUUCAGGCUCACCUCCACGUCCCCCCUCCCCAGCUUCGACACCGUCGUCUCCUCCCCUCAUCCCAGGCGAUCCUCUCGGAGCUCAGGCCGCCCACGGGGUCCCCUCUACAGCCAGUUCCGACGCCACGGCCCCGAUUGACCCCGCCGACACGGCGACAUCACCUGACCAGGUCGACCCGGAGGCUGCUGGCCCUACCUUCCUCCUCGCUGCAGCGCCGACUCUUUUCCUUGUUCCAGCGACGCCACCCGACCGCUCGCACACGGCUGCCAUUGCAACGCGCAUCUCCCGCUUUGGUCGAGGUCACCGGUCACGCACCGCCACCGAUCCCUCUGCAGCAGAUGAGCGCCGCAUUGCACGUUGCCUUCGUCUGGCAGCGUGCAAUGAGACCUCACGGGCGUGCGCGGCUCUCGAGUCCGCGGAGGCAGCCCCAGAUACACAGGGGACGAUACAGCGCCUACAGUCGAAGCACCCCAACGCGGAGAGGCCGACCCCAGCUUGGCUGUCUGGCUUCCAGGGGUCCCCUCUCGUGCUCUCGGUGGAUCACUUACGCCGCGCGAUUUUCACAGCUCCGCGGGGCUCUUCGGGAGGACCGUCCGGUUGGGUCGCUGAGCACCUGCGAGACACUUUCCUAGCUUUCCCUCAGAGUCUCCAUUUCCUCCUGGCCGUGUACCAGCAGUGGCUCCGAGGCCGUUGCGCUCCAGCUGCGCGCUCCUUGCUAGCGUCUUCCACCCUCGUGGCUCUGGCGAAGUCGAACAUGGAUGUUCGGCCGAUUGCCAUCGGCGAGCAGUUUGGGGUGGGGGUUACGUGCGGGACAGAGGUCGUAGUUAGAGGCGUCCGCCGCGCUCUGGCUGACCACCCAGACUGGGUGGUCCUGCAGCUAGACGUGGCGAAUGCCUUUAACUCUUUCCACCGAGACAGGAUGUUUCAGGCGCUGCAGGCCAGCCCGGAGUUUCAGUGUCUGAUCCCCUUCAUCGGCCUCUUCUACGGGACGCCCUCGGAUCUCCACUACAGGUCAGGCACGGGAGUGGUCACGAUGCACUCGGAGCGGGGCACUCGCCAGGGAGACCCUCUCAGCCCCUUCUUGUACGCUCUGACACAGCGUCUUGCUUUGGAGCCGGUUCUGGCGGAGGGGGAUGUCCAGCUCUGGUCGUACGCCGAUGACACGUACGUGCUAGGUCCCCCAGACAGGGUGCUGCACCACUUUGCCGAGAUCGUGAGGCGCUUGGGCGAGAUGGGCCUUGCAGCCCAGCCGCACAAGUGCCUCGUCUACCAGACAGAGUCCUUUCUGUCCAGGGAUCUGGAGGCUUUCACGGGCCUAGGGAUCGAGGUCGCACGCCGAGGGCUCACCGUGACAGGCGUACCGGUAGGCACCGUUUCGUUCGUGGAGCAGAGUCUCCCGGAUCGUCUCGAGAGGAUGGGGCGGGUGCUACCUUGGCUUCCGAGGUUGCGCCAGCCCCAGACAGCUGCCCGCCUUCUUUCGGCGUGUGUCAGCACUCGUCCGCAGUACCUGUCGAGGACCGUCCCUCCUUCGCCCGCAGUGAUCUCCAGUUUUACACGGUGGGACGCACGCCUGGGAGAGACUUUUCAGCAGCUUUUAGCUUCAGGGACCUGGGCUUGUCGCGAGGACGUCCGAGAGGCCGCCCUAGACCAGAUCUUCCUCCCCAUCCGUCUCGGGGGUUUCGGCAUUCGUCGCAUGGCGCGCAUUGCCCCGAGCUUCGCUUCAGGUGAGCCAGAGCAGAUCGACCGGGCUCUGCAGACGGCGCUAGAGGGAGCGAGCCGUCUUCUGGAGGCGCAUGCCUUGGAGGCCGUGCGUGCCCGUCACGCCUCUCCCUUGCACCUUGCCCGUUUGACUUCCCUUCAGGGCGGAGGUGCAGGAGCGUGGUUGACGUCGGUGCCGUACGCCGACCCACUGCGCAUCCCGGAGGCGCUGUGGCAGGCGGCUUCAUCUUCUCGUCUUGGUCUCCCUAUCCCCCAGUUAGCCCUUGCAGGUCAGUGCUCCUGCGGACAGGCGAUUGACGACAUGACGGUGCCUCAUCACGCGGUUCGGUGCCCGCGUUACGGGGUCGCCACUACCAUCCACGACACGGUGAAGUACAUGCUUCGAGACUUUGCGGUCGAGGCGGGCUUCGCGGUAAAGGUGGAGGACUCUACGCUGUUCACACAGUUGGAGGCGGCUCGAGCGAGACUACUGGGACAGCCAGUGGUGGGAGAGGGGACACGGGCUGAGGGUCCGGGGGAGCGGAGAGGCGAGGCGGGACAGCCGGGUGGCGGGGGACAGUGGGGACGGCACCAGCUGCGGGGUCAGGUGGAGCGAGGGACAGGUGGGCAGAGGGGACGGCAGGGGGAGCAGACGGGCCAGGACGGGGAGGGGGGACGGCACAGGCAGCAGCAGGAGAGCCAGUGGAGGCCGCGAGCCCAGGGCGCCGCGCCUCCAGGUUCGGCCUCGGGGGCGGGGCAGGGGCGGGAGCAGCAGAGAGCGGACGGAGGUACAGGAGGGGCAGCGGGAUUGGGAGGGGAGGCCCAGGGAGUGAGAGAGGCAGCAGGGGAUGGAGCAGGGGGGUCGGGAGGUUUGGGGGAGGGUAGGGAGGGGGAGGGGAGAGGACAGGUGGAUGGAGGAGAGGAGAGGGGGAGAGAGACGAUCGGAGAGGGGGCACCAAGGGACCAGACAGGGCAGCAGCCAGCGCAACAGCAGGGACCAGUCGGACGCACAGGCCGUGUAGGCACCGCCUCCCGCAUUCCAGACCUCACCUGCCGCGACGUUGGCCAGGGUCUGAUGGUUCUUGUGGAUGUCUCCAUAGCGGAUCCACAGCGGGAGGGGAACGUGCAGCUGAGACGGGCGACCCCCACACAGAUUGGAGUGGCAGCAGCUAGGCGGGUGCAGGAGAAGCUGCGUCACUGGGGGCCGCACUUAGAGGGGCUGCAGCCGGCACCACACUUUUACGCGUGCGUGGCGGAGACCUUUGGCCUUCUGAGUGAGCCGCUGCGUCAGUUUCUGGGGCUCUGCGCAAAGAGGAUAGCACAGCGGAGGAGGGAUAGAGGUGGGGGGGAUGACGGAUCGGCACGGAUAUUUGAGGCAGGACUCACUACACGCCUCUCCGUUGCACUGCAGCGCGCGCAGGCUCAAUGCAUGAUCCAGCAUGCGGUGCGGCAGUUAGGGAGUCACACCCCCUGCCCCCUCAUGCCAUCCGCUCCCCCCGCCCCUACCCUCCGCGUGCCCGCUCCCUUGCCGCCUCUUUUGACCCUCCCUGCCCCCCUCGCCGUUUCCCACCGCCCGCCAUUCGCUCCUCCCCGCCCGUGCGCUCCCCUCGUUUACCUUCUCCUCCCCCCUCCCCUCCUCUGCUGCACGCCUCUUCCUUCCCCUCGCCGACCCACUCCACUCCCUGCCCCUCCUCAAUCCGCACCCUGCCCCUCGUAUCUCGCCCCCCUAUGCUUGGUUUCUCCCCUCCCUGCCCCUCGCCGCCUUUCUCCGCCCCCCACCUCCCCCCUCUCCCUGCCCCCCCACUCUCCCACCCUUGCCCUUGGCUUCCUACCUCCCUGCCCCACCUUUCCCCCCUCUGUGUGCUCAGCUUCUCCCCUCCCUGCCCCUCCCUCCUCCCCGCCCUGCCCCUCGUUUUCCGCCCCCCCACGCCCGGUUUCUCCCCUCCCCGCGCCUCCCUUUCUUUCUCCGUGCCUCUCCUCUGCUCCCUCCCUGCCCCCGCCUGCCCAUGCCCCUGUCUUUGGCUUCUCCCCUCCCUGCCCCACGUUUCUUCCCUCCCUGCCCACCCCCUCUGCCCCUCCCUUGUUUUCCCCUCACCCAUUGCUUCUCCCCUCCCUGCCCUUGAUUUCCCGCACCCCUGCCCUUGUUUCCUACCAUCCAUGCCCCUCGUUUCCCCCCCUUUGUACGUUCAGCCUCUUCCCUCCCUGCCCCUCCCUUCCUCCCCCCCUGCCCUUUGCUCUCCCCUCGUUACGCUCCCUUCUCCCCAUCCCUGCUGCCCUCUUACCACCAUCAGCCCAUCCCCACCACCAGCCCCCCUCCCACCCUUCUCUCCCCCCCUCCCUUUCCCUCUCUCUCUUUCUCACACACACACACGCACACUCCCCUCCCCCACCCCCCACCCACAUCCUCCCAUUCUGCCCCUCCCUGCCCCUUUCCCACCCCCUCGCACGCCCCUCACCUCCCACCUCCGUGCAACUGCUGGCCCAGCCCCUGCCCGUUGCUGCCCCUCCCCUUGCCCCCUCAACUCCCCUGCCCCCCGUACACCCCAGUCCCAUCCAACCGCCCCCACCCUCCCCCGGCUGCCCGUUUCCGCUCUCCACCCCCGCGACCGUGUGCGACUUCCAACCGCCCAACGGUGGUGCGCACGGGGCUCACACCCCCUGCCCCCUCAUGCCAUCCGCUCCCCCCGCCCCUACCCUCCGCGUGCCCGCUCCCUUGCCGCCUCUUUUGACCCUCCCUGCCCCCCUCGCCGUUUCCCACCGCCCGCCAUUCGCUCCUCCCCGCCCGUGCGCUCCCCUCGCUUACCUUCUCCUCCCCCCUCCCCUCCUCUGCUGCACGCCUCUUCCUUCCCCUCGCCGACCCACUCCACUCCCUGCCCCUCCUCAAUCCGCACCCUGCCCCUCGUAUCUCGCCCCCCUAUGCUUGGUUUCUCCCCUCCCUGCCCCUCGCCGCCUUUCUCCGCCCCCCACCUCCCCCCUCUCCCUGCCCCCCCACUCUCCCCCCCUUGCCCUUGGCUUCCUACCUCCCUGCCCCACCUUUCCCCCCUCUGUGUGCUCAGCUUCUCCCCUCCCUGCCCCUCCCUCCUCCCCGCCCUGCCCCUCGUUUUCCGCCCCCCCACGCCCGGUUUCUCCCCUCCCCGCGCCUCCCUUUCUUUCUCCGUGCCUCUCCUCUGCUCCCUCCCUGCCCGCGCCUGCCCAUGCCCCUGUCUUUGGCUUCUCCCCUCCCUGCCCCACGUUUCUUCCCUCCCUGCCCACCCCCUCUGCCCCUCCCUUGUUUUCCCCUCACCCAUUGCUUCUCCCCUCCCUGCCCUUGAUUUCCCGCACCCCUGCCCUUGUUUCCUACCAUCCAUGCCCCUCGUUUCCCCCCCUUUGUACGUUCAGCCUCUUCCCUCCCUGCCCCUCCCUUCCUCCCCCCCUGCCCUUUGCUCUCCCCUCGUUACGCUCCCUUCUCCCCAUCCCUGCUGCCCUCUUACCACCAUCAGCCCAUCCCCACCACCAGCCCCCCUCCCACCCUUCUCUCCCCCCCUCCCUUUCCCUCUCUCUCUUUCUCACACACACACACGCACACUCCCCUCCCCCACCCCCCACCCACAUCCUCCCAUUCUGCCCCUCCCUGCCCCUUUCCCACCCCCUCGCACGCCCCUCACCUCCCACCUCCGUGCAACUGGUUUCCCCCCUAUGGUGCCUCCCUUGCAUCGCUCGCCCCUCUGCUCACCCUCUGCCCGCCCCUUUUCCGUGCCCUCAGCUGGCCCAGCCCCUGCCCGUUGCUGCCCCUCCCCUUGCCCCCUCAACUCCCCUGCCCCCCGUACACCCCAGUCCCAUCCAACCGCCCCCACCCUCCCCCGGCUGCCCGUUUCCGCUCUCCACCCCCGCGACCGUGUGCGGCUUCCAACCGCCCAACGGUGGUGCGCACGGGGCGUUUCUUCGCACGGGCAAGCCUCCCCGGGGAUCCCCCCACCCCGCUGGGUCGUUGUUCGGGCAAAAAAACGGAAAUAAAAAAUCGGACGCGCUGAAAUCGUCCUUUCUUUUUCCCGCUUGCCCCUCCCCCGGCACGUGCCGAGCAAGGGGCAUAAAUGGGUACAACACGAGGACUUCCCGGGAGGUCACCCAGCCCAGUACCGCCUCUCCCUCCCCCAGCCAACCUUUGCACCCCCUGUUCCUGCCCCUUGUGCCCUCCAACACCCUACCUCAACCCCCCCCAGUCUCCCCCUUCUCCAACACCCUCCAUAUUUCCUCCCCCUUGGGGCUCGCCCAUCCGCACGCCUCCUUUCGGUGCCCUCUCUGCCCUCCCACGUUCUCACCCCCCGCCUCCCAACCUUCUCAUUACCCGCUACCAGGCUCACGCCAACUCGACUACCCACUACCCUUUGCCCCUUCCUCUCUGUUCCCCACCCUUCCUUUCCCACUUGGCUCCACCUGCCCACCCCCACCUCCCGUGGAAUUCUGCCCUGCCCUCCCCACCUCCGGCCCACCACCUGUCCCCACACCCUGCUCACCCCCCGCUACAUCACCCCCGCCCCCCCACCUCCACUACAGCCCGCCAACACUUCCCCUCUCAACCGGCCCCCAGCCCGCCCCCCCCUUGGGCCCCAAUCCCCUCCAACUGUCAGGCCCCCUCUACCCUCUCUUCCACCCACUGCGCACCGCUUUCCCCACCCUUUUCCCCUUUCCCCAAGCUAACCCCCCGCACCCCGGCCUCUGCCAGGGAGUUCCUUCCCCCUUUGACGCCCUCUUGAGCCAACUCCAGCAACUCACACCGCCACCGCCAGGCAUGCUGCCUCUCCGUACUUCCCCCUCCAGCCUCCCUUUCCCCCCCAGCUACUUCCGCAUCCAGCCCACCUACCCCAGCCUCCCUCUACCUCUUCCUAACUCCACACCGCCGUUCCUACCCCCAGCCAAGGUCUACACCCCUUGCUUUUGCUCCCUGGGCUGUGCCGUCCCCAACCUCCCUCCGCCUUUCCGCGGCACCAGACCGCCUCUCCCUCCCCCAGCCAACCUUUGCACCCCCUGUUCCUGCCCCUUGUGCCCUCCAACACCCUACCUCAACCCCCCCCAGUCUCCCCCUUCUCCAACACCCUCCAUAUUUCCUCCCCCCUGGGGCUCGCCCAUCCGCAGUUAUCACCCUUCAUCGUUUCCCCAAUUCCCUCUGUCCCCUGUUUCCCGGCCCCGCAUCCUAUUCUGCAUUUACCACAGCGCCUCCUUUCGGUGCCCUCUCUGCCCUCCCACGUUCUCACCCCCCGCCUCCCAACCUUCUCAUUACCCGCUACCAGGCUCACGCCAACUCGACUACCCACUACCCUUUGCCCCUUCCUCUCUGUUCCCCACCCUUCCUUUCCCACUUGGCUCCACCUGCCCACCCCCACCUCCCGUGGAAUUCUGCCCUGCCCUCCCCACCUCCGGCCCACCACCUGUCCCCACACCCUGCUCACCCACCGCUACAUCACCCCCGCCCCCCCACCUCCACUACAGCCCGCCAACACUUCCCCUCUCAACCGGCCCCCAGCCCGCCCCCCCCUUGGGCCCCAAUCCCCUCCAACUGUCAGGCCCCCUCUACCCUCUCUUCCACCCACUGCGCACCGCUUUCCCCACCCUUUUCCCCUUUCCCCAAGCUAACCCCCCGCACCCCGGCCUCUGCCAGGGAGUUCCUUCCCCCUUUGACGCCCUCUUGAGCCAACUCCAGCAACUCACACCGCCACCGCCAGGCAUGCUGCCUCUAGCCAGGGGGGAACUUGCAGCUGACACUGCACGGGAAGGGGUAAGUGAGUUUGUGUGUGAAGGAGCAGCAGAGGCUGCAGAGGAUGGGGCAGCAAAGGCUGCACGGGAAGGGGCAAUGGGGGUUGUGGGGGAAGGGGCAGCAGAGGCUGCAGAGGAAAGGGCAGCAGAGGCUGCAAGGGAAGGGGCAGCAGCGGCUGCACGGGAAAGGGCGGCAGGGGCUGCACGGGAAGGGGCGGCAGGGACCGUGACUCUGGCCAGGCAAAGGGCAGAGGCCAUGGAGACAGGUUUUGCAGGAGUAGGGGCCACGGAACCUGCUGCUGUGUCGGCUGGGGGAACCGCAGCAGAGGAGGCUAUAGGGACCGCACCAGUCGAGGCUGCAAGGACUGCAGCAGGAGCGACAGAGGCCACAGUGGGGGCUGGUAUAGGGGGAGGUGCUACGGGUGCAGCGGGGAAGGGGGUAACGGGGACUGGUGCGAGGGAGAGUGCCGCCCCGGCUGUAGCAAGAGAGGGUACGGCAGGGGCUAGAGUGGGAGAGGGGACAGCAGUGGCCUCAAAGGCAGAAGGUGAGGCUGCAGCUGAAGCAGCAGGGAGGGCCAUAGCACGGCCAGUAGGGGCGGCAGGGGCCGCAGCAAACGCGGGGAAACACACAGCAGGGCCGGCAGGGCCGGCAGAGACUGCAAAAGGGGCUAGCAGUAAAGCGGCAGCAGGCGGGGUGGGCUCGGGGGACAUAGGGGCAACAGGGGAAGGAGAGGUGAGUGUGGUCCCGACCGGGGUGGGCACUGAAGAGGGGGAUGUGAUAGCGAUAGAGGAGGAUGAGGGAGAGGAUGUGAUGCACAUUGACGGGCCACUGGCCCAAUACCUCACGCUUGACGGUGAGGCCGACCCGGCCCCCCUGCAGCCUCACGUCGAGAUUCCCCCUCUACCCCCCAUGCCCGUCCCCAUGCUAGCAGAAGGACCGAUGGAGGGGCUGGGGGAGACCUUGAGGACAGAGCCGCGCGAGGGAGCCCCCAUCCUCACCUCCCGUCCUCCAGCCCACCCACCCCCAGGAGCACCACUUCCCCACCCCCACCCUCAGGUCCCGGUAGUGUCCAGGGGGGCAGCCAAGGCCCUGGCCUUCUUGGCGGAGCCAGGCUCCCCGACCCCCACGCUGCUCCAUGGCCAGCUCCCCUCUCCGUCCCCAACGCCUGACCCCACGGUUGCAGGCGGUCCACCGGGAGAGCACGCGGCACACCUCUGCCCCCACCCUCAGGGGCUCCUUAGAGCACCACGUGGAGCAGCCAGGGCUCUGGUCUUCCUAGAGGAGCCAUGCUCCCCGACUCCUACCAACACCCAGCCACCCCCUACCGGCCCACUACCCCCUCCUCCACCAGGCCCCCCCCCACCCGGUAGUACACACAUCUCGGAGGUUGAAGCAUCUCUGCGGCCAAAUCCCUCUCCCACACGCUACAGGCACCCAAACCACCCGAGUCGCCGCACAGCCCCAACACGCCCACCCAACAGGCUGCCCUCCCCACACCACCCCCCCCAGGCAGCCGAGACCCACCCGCAAGGGCUUGCGCCCCAGGCUCAUGGGAGCGGCGGCACCCGGGUAGAGGGGCCCACAGGAGAGGCCACCACAGGGCCCACACAAAUCUCUCUCCCCCCACCGUUUGUACCUCGCUCUAACCUCCACACUGGCCCAGCCCCUCGACCCCCACCUCCAACCCCCUCUCCCGGCCGGGUUCCCCACGAGUGGCCCCGUUGGGCAGCCAUCACCCCCCACACACAGCUUGCCCGAUCUGUUCCCACGGAGGGGGAUGUUUCGAGGAGAGAGGGGAUGCACACAGAGCACCCCCCGCCUGGCGAACCACCCAUCCUCCCUCCACCCACCCCUUUGGCCCCACAGCCCCCCCUUCCUUCACAAACAGGCGCGGACAACCAGGUGGCGGCGGCCGCGAUCGCUACUGGGAGGGAGGCCGUCGGGUUGAGGGAUGCGCCCAUGGCAGACGCCACCGACUCCCCCUCCCAUCCCUCCCACCCCUUCCAUGUCGACGACCCCCUACCGCAACCCAUGGUGAUUGGGGAGGGCCAAGGGGGCCUUCUAGGGCAGGGUCCACACCCGAGCUCCGCUCAGCCAGCACGCCCCACUCCACCCUCUACCCUGCCAGCCCUCCUACUCUCACCUACAGGCAGGCAGGUCUUCGAGACCCCAGAGGAGGUGAGGGCUGGCAUUUCAGAUUUGCUGGCGAUACACCGCCUGAGCAGCUCUCCGGCUGCCCCCACCCUUCCAGUCCCACAGGACCGGACCCGGACGUAUGCGGAGGUCACCCGGUCUGUCCCUUCUUUUAUCCCCCCCGCCACUCAGCUAGGCGCGUCACUCCCGACCCCAAUGGAGACGGACCGGGUUCUGAGGCCGUGUCACUCGCACCUAGACGGGGUGGCGCCUCCCCCCGUUCAGCCCGUGGCGCAGGAGGUCACCAGCAGUAGGGAUGAGGCAUCCGCCCCUACCGAGACCCCUCCGCCUGGGGUAGCAGAGCCGUCACUUGAACCGCACCCCGCCGAGGGGCAGGAGCACACCACGGCACACACUUCAGGCUCACCUCCACGUCCCCCCUCCCCAGCUUCGACACCGGCGAUCCUCUCGGAGCUCAGGCCGCCCACGGGGUCCCCUCUACAGCCAGUUCCGACGCCACGGCCCCUGAUUGACCCCGCCGACACGGCGACAUCACCCGGACCUAGGUCGGCGCAGGCUGCCCAUGAUACCGCCUCGAUCAUCCCUUCCCUCUCACAGCCCCGUGCGACCGGGAUGCAGUUCACCGACGCACAGUGGCAGACGCUCGACUCGGUGGACUGGACAGAGUACUUCUCGCCCGAGCGUAUCCAUACACGCCCUCUCCGACGUGUCCCGGAGAGGGUCCGCGGAGGAUAUCUUGACGUCCUCAGUGCGAUCCUAGUCCGCAUUGCCCAGGACCCGGAGGCUGCUGGCCCUACCUUCCUCCUCGCUGCAGCGCCGACUCUUUUCCUUGUUCCAGCGACGCCACCCGACCGCUCGCACACGGCUGCCAUUGCAACGCGCAUCUCCCGCUUUGGUCGAGGUGAGUGGGCUGAGCUAGUCUCAGAUGCACUAGGCCGUCGCACACCCCUUCCUCGGCGCACAGGUCACCGGUCACGCACCGCCACCGAUCCCUCUACAGCAGAUGAGCGCCGCAUUGCACGUUGCCUUCGUCUGGCAGCGUGCAAUGAGACCUCACGGGCGUGCGCGGCUCUCGAGUCCGCGGAGGCAGCCCCAGAUACACAGGGGACGAUACAGCGCCUGCAGUCGAAGCACCCCAACGCGGAGAGGCCGACCCCAGCUUGGCUGUCUGGCUUCCAGGGGUCCCCUCUUGUGCUCUCGGUGGAUCACUUACGCCGCGCGAUUUUCACAGCUCCGCGGGGCUCUUCGGGAGGACCCAGUGGCUCCGAGGCCGUUGCGCUCCAGCUGCACAGCUCCUUGCUAGCGUCUUCCACCCUCGUGGCUCUGGCGAAGUCGAACAUGGAUGUUCGGCCGAUUGCCAUCGGCGAGGUUUUGGUCCGCAUUCUUUCUCGUGCAGUCUGUCUCCAGCUACGUGACCAGAUGGCGAGGGUCUUCUUGGCGUCACAGCAGUUUGGGGUGGGGGUUAUGUGCGGGACAGAGGUCGUAGUUAGAGGCGUCCGCCGCGCCCUGGCUGACCACCCAGACUGGGUGGUCCUGCAGCUAGACGUGGCGAAUGCCUUUAACUCUUUCCACCGAGACAGGAUGUUCCAGGCGCUGCAGGCCAGCCCGGAGUUUCAGUGUCUGAUCCCCUUCAUCGGCCUCUUCUACGGGACGCCCUCGGAUCUCCACUACAGGUCAGGCACGGGAGUGGUCACGAUGCACUCGGAGCGGGGCACUCGCCAGGGAGACCCUCUCAGCCCCUUCUUGUACGCUCUGACACAGCGUCUUGCUUUGGAGCCGGUUCUGGCGGAGGGGGAUGUCCAGCUCUGGUUGUACGCCGAUGACACGUACGUGCUAGGUCCCCCAGACAGGGUGCUGCACCACUUUGCCGAGAUCGUGAGGCGCUUGGGCGAGAUGGGCCUUGCAGCCCAGCCGCACAAGUGCCUCGUCUACCAGACGGAGUCCUUUCUGUCCAGGGAUCUGGAGGCUUUCACGGGCCUAGGGAUCGAGGUCGCACGCCGAGGGCUCACCGUGACAGGCGUACCGGUAGGCACCGUUUCGUUCGUGGAGCAGAGUCUCCCGGAUCGUCUCGAGAGGAUGGGGUGGGUGCUACCUUGGCUUCCAAGGUUGCGCCAGCCCCAGACAGCUGCCCGCCUCCUUUCGGCGUGUGUCAGCACUCGUCCGCAGUACCUGUCGAGGACCGUCCCUCCUUCGCCCGCAGUGAUCUCCAGUUUUACACGGUGGGACGCACGCCUGGGAGAGACAUUUCAGCAGCUUUUAGCUUCAGGGACCUGGGCUUGUCGCGAGGACGUCCGAGAGGCCGCCCUAGACCAGAUCUUCCUCCCCAUCCGUCUCGGGGGUUUCGGCAUUCGUCGCAUGGCGCGCAUUGCCCCGAGCUUCGCUUCAGGUGAGCCAGAGCAGAUCGACCGGGCUCUGCAGACGGCGCUAGAGGGUCUCCCACCUGACUCACACCCCCUGCCCCCUCAUGCCAUCCGCUCCCCCCUCCCCUCCUCUGCUGCACGCCUCUUCCUUCCCCUCGCCGACCCACUCCACUCCCUGCCCCUCCUCAAUCCGCACCCUGCCCCUCGUAUCUCGCCCCCCUAUGCUUGGUUUCUCCCCUCCCUGCCCCUCGCCGCCUUUCUCCGCCCCCCACCUCCCCCCUCUCCCUGCCCCCCCACUCUCCCCCCCUUGCCCUUGGCUUCCUACCUCCCUGCCCCACCUUUCCCCCCUCUGUGUGCUCAGCUUCUCCCCUCCCUGCCCCCUCCCUCCUCCCCGCCCUGCCCCUCGUUUUCCUCCCCCCCACACCCGGUUUCUCCCCUCCCCGCGCCUCCCUUUCUUUCUCCGUGCCUCUCCUUUGCUCCCUCCCUGCCCCCGCCUGCCCAUGGUCCUGUCUUUGGCUUCUCCCCUCCCUGCCCCACGUUUCUUCCCUCCCUGCCCUCCCCCUCUGCCCCUCCCUUGUUUUCCCCUCACCCAUUGCUUCUCCCCUACCUGCCCUUGUUUCCUACCAUCCAUGCCCCUCGUUUCCCCCCCUUUCUGGCCCAGCCCCUGCCCGUUGCUGCCCCUCCCCUUGCCCCCUCAACUCCCCUGCCCCCCGUACACCCCAGUCCCAUCCAACCGCCCCCACCCUCCCCCGGCUGCCCGUUUCCGCUCUCCACCCACGCGACCGUGUGCGGCUUCCAACCGCCCAACGGUGGUGCGCACGGGGCCCGUACUUCCCCCUCCAGCCUCCCUUUCCCCCCCAGCUACUUCCGCAUCCAGCCCACCUACCCCAGCCUCCCUCUACCUCUCCCUAACUCCACACCGCCGUUCCUACCCCCAGCCAAGGUCUACACCCCUUGCUUUUGCUCCCUGGGAUGUGCCGUCCCCAACCUCCCUCCGCCUUUCCGCGGCACCAGACCGCCUCUCCCUCCCCCAGCCAACCUUUGCACCCCCUGUUCCUGCCCCUUGUGCCCUCCAACACCCUACCUCAACCCCCCCCAGUCUCCCCCUUCUCCAACACCCUCCAUAUUUCCUCCCCCCUGGGGCUCGCCCAUCCGCAGUUAUCACCCUUCAUCGUUUCCCCAAUUCCCUCUAUCCCCUGUUUCCCGGCCCCGCAUCCUAUUCUGCAUUUACCACAGCGCCUCCUUUCGGUGCCCUCUCUGCCCUCCCACGUUCUCACCCCCCGCCUCCCAACCUUCUCAUUACCCGCUACCAGGCUCACGCCAACUCGACUACCCACUACCCUUUGCCCCUUCCUCUCUGUUCCCCACCCUUCCUUUCCCACUUGGCUCCACCUGCCCACCCCCACCUCCCGUGGAAUUCUGCCCUGCCCUCCCCACCUCCGGCCCACCACCUGUCCCCACACCCUGCUCACCCACCGCUACAUCACCCCCGCCCCCCCACCUCCACUACAGCCCGCCAACACUUCCCCUCUCAACCGGCCCCCAGCCCGCCCCCCCCUUGGGCCCCAAUCCCCUCCAACUGUCAGGCCCCCUCUACCCUCUCUUCCACCCACUGCGCACCGCUUUCCCCACCCUUUUCCCCUUUCCCCAAGCUAACCCCCCGCACCCCGGCCUCUGCCAGGGAGUUCCUUCCCCCUUUGACGCCCUCUUGAGCCAACUCCAGCAACUCACACCGCCACCGCCAGGCAUGCUGCCUCUAGCCAGGGGGGAACUUGCAGCUGACACUGCACGGGAAGGGGUAAGUGAGUUUGUGUGUGAAGGAGCAGCAGAGGCUGCAGAGGAUGGGGCAGCAAAGGCUGCACGGGAAGGGGCAAUGGGGGUUGUGGGGGAAGGGGCAGCAGAGGCUGCAGAGGAAAGGGCAGCAGAGGCUGCAAGGGAAGGGGCAGCAGCGGCUGCACGGGAAAGGGCGGCAGGGGCUGCACGGGAAGGGGCGGCAGGGACCGUGACUCUGGCCAGGCAAAGGGCAGAGGCCAUGGAGACAGGUUUUGCAGGAGUAGGGGCCACGGAACCUGCUGCUGUGUCGGCUGGGGGAACCGCAGCAGAGGAGGCUAUAGGGACCGCACCAGAGGGGGAUGUGAUAGCGAUAGAGGAGGAUGAGGGAGAGGAUGUGAUGCACAUUGACGGGCCACUGGCCCAAUACCUCACGCUUGACGGUGAGGCCGACCCGGCCCCCCUGCAGCCUCACGUCGAGGUUCCCCCUCUACCCCCCAUGCCCGUCCCCAUGCUAGCAGAAGGACCGAUGGAGGGGCUGGGGGAGACCUUGAGGACAGAGCCGCGCGAGGGAGCCCCCAUCCUCACCUCCCGUCCUCCAGCCCACCCACCCCCAGGAGCACCACUUCCCCACCCCCACCCUCAGGUCCCGGUAGUGUCCAGGGGGGCAGCCAAGGCCCUGGCCUUCUUGGCGGAGCCGUGCUCCCCGACCCCCACGCUGCUCCAUGGCCAGCCCCCCUCUCCGUCCCCAACGCCUGACCCCACGGUUGCAGGCGGUCCACCGGGAGAGCACGCGGCACACCUCUGCCCCCACCCUCAGGGGCUCCUUAGAGCACCACGUGGAGCAGCCAGGGCUCUGGUCUUCCUAGAGGAGCCAUGCUCCCCGACUCCUACCAACACCCAGCCACCCCCUACCGGCCCACUACCCCCUCCUCCACCAGGCCCCCCCCCACCCGGUAGUACACACAUCUCGGAGGUUGAAGCAUCUCUGCGGCCAAAUCCCUCUCCCACACGCUACAGGCACCCAAACCACCCGAGUCGCCGCACAGCCCCAACACGCCCACCCAACAGGCUGCCCUCCCCACACCACCCCCCCCAGGCAGCCGAGACCCACCCGCAAGGGCUUGCGCCCCAGGCUCAUGGGAGCGGCGGCACCCGGGUAGAGGGGCCCACAGGAGAGGCCACCACAGGGCCCACACAAAUCUCUCUCCCCCCACCGUUUGUACCUCGCUCUAACCUCCACACUGGCCCAGCCCCUCGACCCCCACCUCCAACCCCCUCUCCCGGCCGGGUUCCCCACGAGUGGCCCCGUUGGGCAGCCAUCACCCCCCACACACAGCUUGCCCGAUCUGUUCCCACGGAGGGGGAUGUUUCGAGGAGAGAGGGGAUGCACACAGAGCACCCCCCGCCUGGCGAACCACCCAUCCUCCCUCCACCCACCCCUUUGGCCCCACAGCCCCCCCUUCCUUCACAAACAGGCGCGGACAACCAGGUGGCGGCGGCCGCGAUCGCUACUGGGAGGGAGGCCGUCGGGUUGAGGGAUGCGCCCAUGGCAGACGCCACCGACUCCCCCUCCCAUCCCUCCCACCCCUUCCAUGUCGACGACCCCCUACCGCAACCCAUGGUGAUUGGGGAGGGCCAAGGGGGCCUUCUAGGGCAGGGUCCACACCCGAGCUCCGCUCAGCCAGCACGCCCCACUCCACCCUCUACCCUGCCAGCCCUCCUACUCUCACCUACAGGCAGGCAGGUCUUCGAGACCCCAGAGGAGGUGAGGGCUGGCAUUUCAGAUUUGCUGGCGAUACACCGCCUGAGCAGCUCUCCGGCUGCCCCCACCCUUCCAGUCCCACAGGACCGGACCCGGACGUAUGCGGAGGUCACCCGGUCUGUCCCUUCUUUUAUCCCCCCCGCCACUCAGCUAGGCGCGUCACUCCCGACCCCAAUGGAGACGGACCGGGUUCUGAGGCCGUGUCACUCGCACCUAGACGGGGUGGCGCCUCCCCCCGUUCAGCCCGUGGCGCAGGAGGUCACCAGCAGUAGGGAUGAAGCAUCCGCCCCUACCGAGACCCCUCCGCCUGGGGUAGCAGAGCCGUCACUUGAACCGCACCCCGCCGAGGGGCAGGAGCACACCACGGCACACACUUCAGGCUCACCUCCACGUCCCCCCUCCCCAGCUUCGACACCGGUACCGGCACGAGGCCCGGCCCUAUCCUGUGCGACACCACCUCUAUCUUCGCUGACACCCCCCCCGCGCGGGGCUGGUGAGCCGUCUCCUCCCCUCAUCCCAGGCGAUCCUCUCGGAGCUCAGGCCGCCCACGGGGUCCCCUCUACAGCCAGUUCCGACGCCACGGCCCCGAUUGACCCCGCCGACACGGCGACAUCACCCGACCAGGUCGUGAGUUGCCCCACCUGCAGGAGCUCUCUCGCGAACCGACGCGCGCUCCAGCACCACAUUCCCUUCUGCCAUCCUGCGGACGCGGCUCGCAGGGCGCAGGCUGCCCAUGAUACCGCCUCGAUCAUCCCUUCCCUCUCACAGCCCCGUGCGACCGGGAUGCAGUUCACCGACGCACAGUGGCAGACGCUCGACUCGGUGGACUGGACAGAGUACUUCUCGCCCGAGCGUAUCCAUACACGCCCUCUCCGACGUGUCCCGGAGAGGGUCCGCGGAGGAUAUCUUGACGUCCUCAGUGCGAUCCUAGUCCGCAUUGCCCAGGACCCGGAGGCUGCUGGCCCUACCUUCCUCCUCGCUGCAGCGCCGACUCUUUUCCUUGUUCCAGCGACGCCACCCGACCGCUCGCACACGGCUGCCAUUGCAGCGCGCAUCUCCCGCUUUGGUCGAGGUGAGUGGGCUGAGCUAGUCUCAGAUGCACUAGGCCGUCGCACACCCCUUCCUCGGCGCACAGGUCACCGGUCACGCACCGCCACCGAUCCCUCUACAGCAGAUGAGCGCCGCAUUGCACGUUGCCUUCGUCUGGCAGCGUGCAAUGAGACCUCACGGGCGUGCGCGGCUCUCGAGUCCGCGGAGGCAGCCCCAGAUACACAGGGGACGAUACAGCGCCUGCAGUCGAAGCACCCCAACGCGGAGAGGCCGACCCCAGCUUGGCUGUCUGGCUUCCAGGGGUCCCCUCUUGUGCUCUCGGUGGAUCACUUACGCCGCGCGAUUUUCACAGCUCCGCGGGGCUCUUCGGGAGGACCGUCCGGUUGGGUCGCUGAGCACCUGCGAGACACUUUCUUAGCUUUCCCUCAGAGUCUCCAUUUCCUCCUGGCCGUGUACCAGCAGUGGCUCCGAGGCCGUUGCGCUCCAGCUGCACGCUCCUUGCUAGCGUCUUCCACCCUCGUGGCUCUGGCGAAGUCGAACAUGGAUGUUCGGCCGAUUGCCAUCGGCGAGGUUUUGGUCCGCAUUCUUUCUCGUGCAGUCUGUCUCCAGCUACGUGACCAGAUGGCGAGGGUCUUCUUGGCGUCACAGCAGUUUGGGGUGGGGGUUAUGUGCGGGACAGAGGUCGUAGUUAGAGGCGUCCGCCGCGCCCUGGCUGACCACCCAGACUGGGUGGUCCUGCAGCUAGACGUGGCGAAUGCCUUUAACUCUUUCCACCGAGACAGGAUGUUCCAGGCGCUGCAGGCCAGCCCGGAGUUUCAGUGUCUGAUCCCCUUCAUCGGCCUCUUCUACGGGACGCCCUCGGAUCUCCACUACAGGUCAGGCACGGGAGUGGUCACGAUGCACUCGGAGCGGGGCACUCGCCAGGGAGACCCUCUCAGCCCCUUCUUGUACGCUCUGACACAGCGUCUUGCUUUGGAGCCGGUUCUGGCGGAGGGGGAUGUCCAGCUCUGGUCGUACGCCGAUGACACGUACGUGCUAGGUCCCCCAGACAGGGUGCUGCACCACUUUGCCGAGAUCGUGAGGCGCUUGGGCGAGAUGGGCCUUGCAGCCCAGCCGCACAAGUGCCUCGUCUACCAGACGGAGUCCUUUCUGUCCAGGGAUCUGGAGGCUUUCACGGGCCUAGGGAUCGAGGUCGCACGCCGAGGGCUCACCGUGACAGGCGUACCGGUAGGCACCGUUUCGUUCGUGGAGCAGAGUCUCCCGGAUCGUCUCGAGAGGAUGGGGCGGGUGCUACCUUGGCUUCCAAGGUUGCGCCAGCCCCAGACAGCUGCCCGCCUCCUUUCGGCGUGUGUCAGCACUCGUCCGCAGUACCUGUCGAGGACCGUCCCUCCUUCGCCCGCAGUGAUCUCCAGUUUUACACGGUGGGACGCACGCCUGGGAGAGACAUUUCAGCAGCUUUUAGCUUCAGGGACCUGGGCUUGUCGCGAGGACGUCCGAGAGGCCGCCCUAGACCAGAUCUUCCUCCCCAUCCGUCUCGGGGGUUUCGGCAUUCGUCGCAUGGCGCGCAUUGCCCCGGUGAGCUUCGUGUGCUCCUGGGUGCAGUGUGCACCCAUUCUCUGUUCUCUCCCUGCGUGUGGCGAGGUGUUUCGGCAGAGCUUCGCUUCAGGUGAGCCAGAGCAGAUCGACCGGGCUCUGCAGACGGCGCUAGAGGGUCUCCCACCUGACGUUCUCUCUCUCCUUCCCCCCUGGCCCUCUUGCGCUUCUGCCUCCCCCGAUUCCCUUUUUGCAGGAGCGAGCCGUCUUCUGGAGGCGCAUGCCUUGGAGGCCGUGCGUGCCCGUCACGCCUCUCCCUUGCACCUUGCCCGUUUGACUUCCCUUCAGGGCGGAGGUGCAGGGGCGUGGUUGACGUCGGUGCCGUACGCCGACCCACUGCGCAUCCCGGAGGCGCUGUGGCAGGCGGCUUCAUCUUCUCGUCUUGGUCUCCCUAUCCCCCAGUUAGCCCUUGCAGGUCAGUGCUCCUGCGGACAGGCGAUUGACGACAUGACGGUGCCUCAUCACGCGGUUCGGUGCCCGCGCUACGGGGUCGCCACUACCAUCCACGACACGGUGAAGUACAUGCUUCGAGACUUUGCGGUCGAGGCGGGCUUCGCGGUAAAGGUGGAGGACUCUACGCUGUUCACACAGUUGGAGGCGGCUCGAGCGAGACUACUGGGACAGCCAGUGGUGGGAGAGGGGACACGGGCUGAGGGACCGGGGGAGCGGAGAGGCGAGGCGGGACAGCCGGGUGGCGGGGGACAGUGGGGACGGCACCAGCUGCGGGGUCAGGUGGAGCGAGGGACAGGUGGGCAGAGGGGACGGCAGGGGGAGCAGACGGGCCAGGACGGGGAGGGGGGACGGCACAGGCAGCAGCAGGAGAGCCAGUGGAGGCCGCGGGCCCAGGGCGCCGCGCCUCCAGGUUCGGCCUCGGGGGCGGGGCAGGGGCGGGAGCAGCAGAGAGCGGACGGAGGUACAGGAGGGGCAGCGGGAUUGGGAGGGGAGGGCCAGGGAGUGAGAGAGGCAGCAGGGGAUGGAGCAGGGGGGUCGGGAGGUUUGGGGGAGGGUAGAGAGGGGGAGGGGAGAGGACAGGUGGAUGGAGGAGAGGAGAGGGGGAGAGAGACGAUCGGAGAGGGGGCACCAAGGGACCAGACAGGGCAGCAGCCAGCGCAACAGCAGGGACCAGUCGGACGCACAGGCCGUGUAGGCACCGCCUCCCGCAUUCCAGAUCUCACCUGCCGCGACGUUGGCCAGGGUCUGAUGGUUCUUGUGGAUGUCUCCAUAGCGGAUCCACAGCGGGAGGGGAACGUGCAGCUGAGACGGGCGACCCCCACACAGAUUGGAGUGGCAGCAGCUAGGCGGGUGCAGGAGAAGCUGCGUCACUGGGGGCCGCACUUAGAGGGGCUGCAGCCGGCACCACACUUUUACGCGUGCGUGGCGGAGACCUUUGGCCUUCUGAGUGAGCCGAUGCGUCAGUUUCUGGGGCUCUGCGCAAAGAGGAUAGCACAGCGGAGGAGGGAUAGAGGUGGGGGGGAUGACGGAUCGGCACGGAUAUUUGAGGCAGGACUCACUACACGCCUCUCCGUUGCACUGCAGCGCGCGCAGGCUCAAUGCAUGAUCCAGCAUGCGGUGCGGCAGUUAGGGAGGUCCGACGACGGGUGGAUGCCCGCACCAGUCCCACUGGGUGCGGGGCAGGGAACUUGGCACCACGUCACAGGGUGCUUCGAGAGUUCACACCCCCUGCCCCCUCAUGCCAUCCGCUCCCCCCGCCCCUACCCUCCGCGUGCCCGCUCCCUUGCCGCCUCUUUUGACCCUCCCUGCCCCCCUCGCCGUUUCCCACCGCCCGCCAUUCGCUCCUCCCCGCCCGUGCGCUCCCCUCGUUUACCUUCUCCUCCCCCCUCCCCUCCUCUGCUGCACGCCUCUUCCUUCCCCUCGCCGACCCACUCCACUCCCUGCCCCUCCUCAAUCCGCACCCUGCCCCUCGUAUCUCGCCCCCCUAUGCUUGGUUUCUCCCCUCCCUGCCCCUCGCCGCCUUUCUCCGCCCCCCACCUCCCCCCUCUCCCUGCCCCCCCACUCUCCCACCCUUGCCCUUGGCUUCCUACCUCCCUGCCCCACCUUUCCCCCCUCUGUGUGCUCAGCUUCUCCCCUCCCUGCCCCUCCCUCCUCCCCGCCCUGCCCCUCGUUUUCCGCCCCCCCACGCCCGGUUUCUCCCCUCCCCGCGCCUCCCUUUCUUUCUCCGUGCCUCUCCUCUGCUCCCUCCCUGCCCCCGCCUGCCCAUGCCCCUGUCUUUGGCUUCUCCCCUCCCUGCCCCACGUUUCUUCCCUCCCUGCCCACCCCCUCUGCCCCUCCCUUGUUUUCCCCUCACCCAUUGCUUCUCCCCUCCCUGCCCUUGAUUUCCCGCACCCCUGCCCUUGUUUCCUACCAUCCAUGCCCCUCGUUUCCCCCCCUUUGUACGUUCAGCCUCUUCCCUCCCUGCCCCUCCCUUCCUCCCCCCCUGCCCUUUGCUCUCCCCUCGUUACGCUCCCUUCUCCCCAUCCCUGCUGCCCUCUUACCACCAUCAGCCCAUCCCCACCACCAGCCCCCCUCCCACCCUUCUCUCCCCCCCUCCCUUUCCCUCUCUCUCUUUCUCACACACACACACGCACACUCCCCUCCCCCACACCCCCACCCACAUCCUCCCAUUCUGCCCCUCCCUGCCCCUUUCCCACCCCCUCGCACGCCCCUCACCUCCCACCUCCGUGCAACUGGUUUCCCCCCUAUGGUGCCUCCCUUGCAUCGCUCGCCCCUCUGCUCACCCUCUGCCCGCCCCUUUUCCGUGCCCUCAGCUGGCCCAGCCCCUGCCCGUUGCUGCCCCUCCCCUUGCCCCCUCAACUCCCCUGCCCCCCGUACACCCCAGUCCCAUCCAACCGCCCCCACCCUCCCCCGGCUGCCCGUUUCCGCUCUCCACCCCCUGCGACCGUGCGCGGCUUCCAACCGCCCAACGGUGGUGCGCACGGGGCGUUUCUUCGCACGGGCAAGCCUCCCCGGGGGCCCCCCACCCCGCUGGGUCGUUCCACCUACCCCAGCCUCCCUCUACCUCUCCCUAACUCCACACCGCCGUUCCUACCCCCAGCCAAGGUCUACACCCCUUGCUUUUGCUCCCUGGGCUGUGCCGUCCCCAACCUCCCUCCGCCUUUCCGCGGCACCAGACCGCCUCUCCCUCCCCCAGCCAACCUUUGCACCCCCUGUUCCUGCCCCUUGUGCCCUCCAACACCCUACCUCAACCCCCCCCAGUCUCCCCCUUCUCCAACACCCUCCAUAUUUCCUCCCCCCUGGGGCUCGCCCAUCCGCAGUUAUCACCCUUCAUCGUUUCCCCAAUUCCCUCUGUCCCCUGUUUCCCGGCCCCGCAUCCUAUUCUGCAUUUACCACAGCGCCUCCUUUCGGUGCCCUCUCUGCCCUCCCACGUUCUCACCCCCCGCCUCCCAACCUUCUCAUUACCCGCUACCAGGCUCACGCCAACUCGACUACCCACUACCCUUUGCCCCUUCCUCUCUGUUCCCCACCCUUCCUUUCCCACUUGGCUCCACCUGCCCACCCCCACCUCCCGUGGAAUUCUGCCCUGCCCUCCCCACCUCCGGCCCACCACCUGUCCCCACACCCUGCUCACCCACCGCUACAUCACCCCCGCCCCCCCACCUCCACUACAGCCCGCCAACACUUCCCCUCUCAACCGGCCCCCAGCCCGCCCCCCCCUUGGGCCCCAAUCCCCUCCAACUGUCAGGCCCCCUCUACCCUCUCUUCCACCCACUGCGCACCGCUUUCCCCACCCUUUUCCCCUUUCCCCAAGCUAACCCCCCGCACCCCGGCCUCUGCCAGGGAGUUCCUUCCCCCUUUGACGCCCUCUUGAGCCAACUCCAGCAACUCACACCGCCACCGCCAGGCAUGCUGCCUCUAGCCAGGGGGGAACUUGCAGCUGACACUGCACGGGAAGGGGUAAGUGAGUUUGUGUGUGAAGGAGCAGCAGAGGCUGCAGAGGAUGGGGCAGCAAAGGCUGCACGGGAAGGGGCAAUGGGGGUUGUGGGGGAAGGGGCAGCAGAGGCUGCAGAGGAAAGGGCAGCAGAGGCUGCAAGGGAAGGGGCAGCAGCGGCUGCACGGGAAAGGGCGGCAGGGGCUGCACGGGAAGGGGCGGCAGGGACCGUGACUCUGGCCAGGCAAAGGGCAGAGGCCAUGGAGACAGGUUUUGCAGGAGUAGGGGCCACGGAACCUGCUGCUGUGUCGGCUGGGGGAACCGCAGCAGAGGAGGCUAUAGGGACCGCACCAGUCGAGGCUGCAAGGACUGCAGCAGGAGCAACAGAGGCCACAGUGGGGGCUGGUAUAGGGGGAGGUGCUACGGGUGCAGCGGGGAAGGGGGUAACGGGGACUGGUGCGAGGGAGAGUGCCGCCCCGGCUGUAGCAAGAGAGGGUACGGCAGGGGCUAGAGUGGGAGAGGGGACAGCAGUGGCCUCAAAGGCAGAAGGUGAGGCUGCAGCUGAAGCAGCAGGGAGGGCCAUAGCACGGCCAGUAGGGGCGGCAGGGGCCGCAGCAAACGCGGGGAAACACACAGCAGGGCCGGCAGGGCCGGCAGAGACUGCAAAAGGGGCUAGCAGUAAAGCGGCAGCAGGCGGGGUGGGCUCGGGGGACAUAGGGGCAACAGGGGAAGGAGAGGUGAGUGUGGUCCCGACCGGGGUGGGCACUGAAGAGGGGGAUGUGAUAGCGAUAGAGGAGGAUGAGGGAGAGGAUGUGAUGCACAUUGACGGGCCACUGGCCCAAUACCUCACGCUUGACGGUGAGGCCGACCCGGCCCCCCUGCAGCCUCACGUCGAGAUUCCCCCUCUACCCCCCAUGCCCGUCCCCAUGCUAGCAGAAGGACCGAUGGAGGGGCUGGGGGAGACCUUGAGGACAGAGCCGCGCGAGGGAGCCCCCAUCCUCACCUCCCGUCCUCCAGCCCACCCACCCCCAGGAGCACCACUUCCCCACCCCCACCCUCAGGUCCCGGUAGUGUCCAGGGGGGCAGCCAAGGCCCUGGCCUUCUUGGCGGAGCCGUGCUCCCCGACCCCCACGCUGCUCCAUGGCCAGCUCCCCUCUCCGUCCCCAACGCCUGACCCCACGGUUGCAGGCGGUCCACCGGGAGAGCACGCGGCACACCUCUGCCCCCACCCUCAGGGGCUCCUUAGAGCACCACGUGGAGCAGCCAGGGCUCUGGUCUUCCUAGAGGAGCCAUGCUCCCCGACUCCUACCAACACCCAGCCACCCCCUACCGGCCCACUACCCCCUCCUCCACCAGGCCCCCCCCCACCCGGUAGUACACACAUCUCGGAGGUUGAAGCAUCUCUGCGGCCAAAUCCCUCUCCCACACGCUACAGGCACCCAAACCACCCGAGUCGCCGCACAGCCCCAACACGCCCACCCAACAGGCUGCCCUCCCCACACCACCCCCCCCAGGCAGCCGAGACCCACCCGCAAGGGCUUGCGCCCCAGGCUCAUGGGAGCGGCGGCACCCGGGUAGAGGGGCCCACAGGAGAGGCCACCACAGGGCCCACACAAAUCUCUCUCCCCCCACCGUUUGUACCUCGCUCUAACCUCCACACUGGCCCGACCCCUCGACCCCCACCUCCAACCCCCUCUCCCGGCCGGGUUCCCCACGAGUGGCCCCGUUGGGCAGCCAUCACCCCCCACACACAGCUUGCCCGAUCUGUUCCCACGGAGGGGGAUGUUUCGAGGAGAGAGGGGAUGCACACAGAGCACCCCCCGCCUGGCGAACCACCCAUCCUCCCUCCACCCACCCCUUUGGCCCCACAGCCCCCCCUUCCUUCACAAACAGGCGCGGACAACCAGGUGGCGGCGGCCGCGAUCGCUACUGGGAGGGAGGCCGUCGGGUUGAGGGAUGCGCCCAUGGCAGACGCCACCGACUCCCCCUCCCAUCCCUCCCACCCCUUCCAUGUCGACGACCCCCUACCGCAACCCAUGGUGAUUGGGGAGGGCCAAGGGGGCCUUCUAGGGCAGGGUCCACACCCGAGCUCCGCUCAGCCAGCACGCCCCACUCCACCCUCUACCCUGCCAGCCCUCCUACUCUCACCUACAGGCAGGCAGGUCUUCGAGACCCCAGAGGAGGUGAGGGCUGGCAUUUCAGAUUUGCUGGCGAUACACCGCCUGAGCAGCUCUCCGGCUGCCCCCACCCUUCCAGUCCCACAGGACCGGACCCGGACGUAUGCGGAGGUCACCCGCCGUCUCCUCCCCUCAUCCCAGGCGAUCCUCUCGGAGCUCAGGCCGCCCACGGGGUCCCCUCUACAGCCAGUUCCGACGCCACGGCCCCGAUUGACCCCGCCGACACGGCGACAUCACCCGGACCAGGUCGUGAGUUGCCCCACCUGCAGGAGCUCUCUCGCGAACCGACGCGCGCUCCAGCACCACAUUCCCUUCUGCCAUCCUGCGGACGCGGCUCGCAGGGCGCAGGCUGCCCAUGAUACCGCCUCGAUCAUCCCUUCCCUCUCACAGCCCCGUGCGACCGGGAUGCAGUUCACCGACGCACAGUGGCAGACGCUCGACUCGGUGGACUGGACAGAGUACUUCUCGCCCGAGCGUAUCCAUACACGCCCUCUCCGACGUGUCCCGGAGAGGGUCCGCGGAGGAUAUCUUGACGUCCUCAGUGCGAUCCUAGUCCGCAUUGCCCAGGACCCGGAGGCUGCUGGCCCUACCUUCCUCCUCGCUGCAGCGCCGACUCUUUUCCUUGUUCCAGCGACGCCACCCGACCGCUCGCACACGGCUGCCAUUGCAGCGCGCAUCUCCCGCUUUGGUCGAGGUGAGUGGGCUGAGCUAGUCUCAGAUGCACUAGGCCGUCGCACACCCCUUCCUCGGCGCACAGGUCACCGGUCACGCACCGCCACCGAUCCCUCUACAGCAGAUGAGCGCCGCAUUGCACGUUGCCUUCGUCUGGCAGCGUGCAAUGAGACCUCACGGGCGUGCGCGGCUCUCGAGUCCGCGGAGGCAGCCCCAGAUACACAGGGGACGAUACAGCGCCUGCAGUCGAAGCACCCCAACGCGGAGAGGCCGACCCCAGCUUGGCUGUCUGGCUUCCAGGGGUCCCCUCUUGUGCUCUCGGUGGAUCACUUACGCCGCGCGAUUUUCACAGCUCCGCGGGGCUCUUCGGGAGGACCGUCCGGUUGGGUCGCUGAGCACCUGCGAGACACUUUCUUAGCUUUCCCUCAGAGUCUCCAUUUCCUCCUGGCCGUGUACCAGCAGUGGCUCCGAGGCCGUUGCGCUCCAGCUGCACGCUCCUUGCUAGCGUCUUCCACCCUCGUGGCUCUGGCGAAGUCGAACAUGGAUGUUCGGCCGAUUGCCAUCGGCGAGGUUUUGGUCCGCAUUCUUUCUCGUGCAGUCUGUCUCCAGCUACGUGACCAGAUGGCGAGGGUCUUCUUGGCGUCACAGCAGUUUGGGGUGGGGGUUAUGUGCGGGACAGAGGUCGUAGUUAGAGGCGUCCGCCGCGCCCUGGCUGACCACCCAGACUGGGUGGUCCUGCAGCUAGACGUGGCGAAUGCCUUUAACUCUUUCCACCGAGACAGGAUGUUCCAGGCGCUGCAGGCCAGCCCGGAGUUUCAGUGUCUGAUCCCCUUCAUCGGCCUCUUCUACGGGACGCCCUCGGAUCUCCACUACAGGUCAGGCACGGGAGUGGUCACGAUGCACUCGGAGCGGGGCACUCGCCAGGGAGACCCUCUCAGCCCCUUCUUGUACGCUCUGACACAGCGUCUUGCUUUGGAGCCGGUUCUGGCGGAGGGGGAUGUCCAGCUCUGGUCGUACGCCGAUGACACGUACGUGCUAGGUCCCCCAGCCAGGGUGCUGCACCACUUUGCCGAGAUCGUGAGGCGCUUGGGCGAGAUGGGCCUUGCAGCCCAGCCGCACAAGUGCCUCGUCUACCAGACGGAGUCCUUUCUGUCCAGGGAUCUGGAGGCUUUCACGGGCCUAGGGAUCGAGGUCGCACGCCGAGGGCUCACCGUGACAGGCGUACCGGUAGGCACCGUUUCGUUCGUGGAGCAGAGUCUCCCGGAUCGUCUCGAGAGGAUGGGGCGGGUGCUACCUUGGCUUCCAAGGUUGCGCCAGCCCCAGACAGCUGCCCGCCUCCUUUCGGCGUGUGUCAGCACUCGUCCGCAGUACCUGUCGAGGACCGUCCCUCCUUCGCCCGCAGUGAUCUCCAGUUUUACACGGUGGGACGCACGCCUGGGAGAGACAUUUCAGCAGCUUUUAGCUUCAGGGACCUGGGCUUGUCGCGAGGACGUCCGAGAGGCCGCCCUAGACCAGAUCUUCCUCCCCAUCCGUCUCGGGGGUUUCGGCAUUCGUCGCAUGGCGCGCAUUGCCCCGGUGAGUUUCGUGUGCUCCUGGGUGCAGUGUGCACCCAUUCUCUGUUCUCUCCCUGCGUGUGGCGAGGUGUUUCGGCAGAGCUUCGCUUCAGGUGAGCCAGAGCAGAUCGACCGGGCUCUGCAGACGGCGCUAGAGGGUCUCCCACCUGACGUUCUCUCUCUCCUUCCCCCCUGGCCCUCUUGCGCUUCUGCCUCCCCCGAUUCCCUUUUUGCAGGAGCGAGCCGUCUUCUGGAGGCGCAUGCCUUGGAGGCCGUGCGUGCCCGUCACGCCUCUCCCUUGCACCUUGCCCGUUUGACUUCCCUUCAGGGCGGAGGUGCAGGGGCGUGGUUGACGUCGGUGCCGUACGCCGACCCACUGCGCAUCCCGGAGGCGCUGUGGCAGGCGGCUUCAUCUUCUCGUCUUGGUCUCCCUAUCCCCCAGUUAGCCCUUGCAGGUCAGUGCUCCUGCGGACAGGCGAUUGACGACAUGACGGUGCCUCAUCACGCGGUUCGGUGCCCGCGCUACGGGGUCGCCACUACCAUCCACGACACGGUGAAGUACAUGCUUCGAGACUUUGCGGUCGAGGCGGGCUUCGCGGUAAAGGUGGAGGACUCUACGCUGUUCACACAGUUGGAGGCGGCUCGAGCGAGACUACUGGGACAGCCAGUGGUGGGAGAGGGGACACGGGCUGAGGGACCGGGGGAGCGGAGAGGCGAGGCGGGACAGCCGGGUGGCGGGGGACAGUGGGGACGGCACCAGCUGCGGGGUCAGGUGGAGCGAGGGACAGGUGGGCAGAGGGGACGGCAGGGGGAGCAGACGGGCCAGGACGGGGAGGGGGGACGGCACAGGCAGCAGCAGGAGAGCCAGUGGAGGCCGCGGGCCCAGGGCGCCGCGCCUCCAGGUUCGGCCUCGGGGGCGGGGCAGGGGCGGGAGCAGCAGAGAGCGGACGGAGGUACAGGAGGGGCAGCGGGAUUGGGAGGGGAGGGCCAGGGAGUGAGAGAGGCAGCAGGGGAUGGAGCAGGGGGGUCGGGAGGUUUGGGGGAGGGUAGAGAGGGGGAGGGGAGAGGACAGGUGGAUGGAGGAGAGGAGAGGGGGAGAGAGACGAUCGGAGAGGGGGCACCAAGGGACCAGACAGGGCAGCAGCCAGCGCAACAGCAGGGACCAGUCGGACGCACAGGCCGUGUAGGCACCGCCUCCCGCAUUCCAGAUCUCACCUGCCGCGACGUUGGCCAGGGUCUGAUGGUUCUUGUGGAUGUCUCCAUAGCGGAUCCACAGCGGGAGGGGAACGUGCAGCUGAGACGGGCGACCCCCACACAGAUUGGAGUGGCAGCAGCUAGGCGGGUGCAGGAGAAGCUGCGUCACUGGGGGCCGCACUUAGAGGGGCUGCAGCCGGCACCACACUUUUACGCGUGCGUGGCGGAGACCUUUGGCCUUCUGAGUGAGCCGCUGCGUCAGUUUCUGGGGCUCUGCGCAAAGAGGAUAGCACAGCGGAGGAGGGAUAGAGGUGGGGGGGAUGACGGAUCGGCACGGAUAUUUGAGGCAGGACUCACUACACGCCUCUCCGUUGCACUGCAGCGCGCGCAGGCUCAAUGCAUGAUCCAGCAUGCGGUGCGGCAGUUAGGGAGGUCCGACGACGGGUGGAUGCCCGCACCAGUCCCACUGGGUGCGGGGCAGGGAACUUGGCACCACGUCACAGGGUGCUUCGAGAGUUCACACCCCCUGCCCCCUCAUGCCAUCCGCUCCCCCCGCCCCUACCCUCCGCGUGCCCGCUCCCUUGCCGCCUCUUUUGACCCUCCCUGCCCCCCUCGCCGUUUCCCACCGCCCGCCAUUCGCUCCUCCCCGCCCGUGCGCUCCCCUCGUUUACCUUCUCCUCCCCCCUCCCCUCCUCUGCUGCACGCCUCUUCCUUCCCCUCGCCGACCCACUCCACUCCCUGCCCCUCCUCAAUCCGCACCCUGCCCCUCGUAUCUCGCCCCCCUAUGCUUGGUUUCUCCCCUCCCUGCCCCUCGCCGCCUUUCUCCGCCCCCCACCUCCCCCCUCUCCCUGCCCCCCCCACUCUCCCACCCUUGCCCUUGGCUUCCUACCUCCCUGCCCCACCUUUCCCCCCUCUGUGUGCUCAGCUUCUCCCCUCCCUGCCCCUCCCUCCUCCCCGCCCUGCCCCUCGUUUUCCUUCCCCCCCACACCCGGUUUCUCCCCUCCCCGCGCCUCCCUUUCUUUCUCCGUGCCUCUCCUUUGCUCCCUCCCUGCCCCCGCCUGCCCAUGCCCCUGUCUUUGGCUUCUCCCCUCCCUGCCCCACGUUUCUUCCCUCCCUGCCCUCCCCCUCUGCCCCUCCCUUGUUUUCCCCUCACCCAUUGCUUCUCCCCUCCCUGCCCUUGUUUCCUACCAUCCAUGCCCCUCGUUUCCCCCCCUUUGUACGUUCAGCCUCUUCCCUCCCUGCCCCUCCCUUCCUCCCCCCCUGCCCUUUGCUCUCCCCUCGUUACGCUCCCUUCUCCCCAUCCCUGCUGCCCUCUUACCACCAUCAGCCCAUCCCCACCACCAGCCCCCCUCCCACCCUUCUCUCCCCCCCUCCCUUUCCCUCUCUCUCUUUCUCACACACACACACGCACACUCCCCUCCCCCACCCCCCACCCACAUCCUCCCAUUCUGCCCCUCCCUGCCCCUUUCCCACCCCCUCGCACGCCCCUCACCUCCCACCUCCGUGCAACUGGUUUCCCCCCUAUGGUGCCUCCCUUGCAUCGCUCGCCCCUCUGCUCACCCUCUGCCCGCCCCUUUUCCGUGCCCUCAGCUGGCCCAGCCCCUGCCCGUUGCUGCCCCUCCCCUUGCCCCCUCAACUCCCCUGCCCCCCGUACACCCCAGUCCCAUCCAACCGCCCCCACCCUCCCCCGGCUGCCCGUUUCCGCUCUCCACCCCCGCGACCGUGCGCGGCUUCCAACCGCCCAACGGUGGUGCGCACGGGGCGUUUCUUCGCACGGGCAAGCCUCCCCGGGGGCCCCCCACCCCGCUGGGUCGUUCCGUACUUCCCCCUCCAGCCUCCCUUUCCCCCCCAGCUACUUCCGCAUCCAGCGUGGGCUGCACCUCUGCAUCCCGCCCUGCCAGGCCCUUCGGUGACCCAACUGCCGCCACCUGGCACCACGCCGCCUUUCCCACCCCCAUCCAAUCUCUACACCCCCUGCCCCUGCUCCCUGCGCAAUCCAGCCACCUACCCCAGCCUCCCUCUACCUCUCCCUAACUCCACACCGCCGUUCCUACCCCGAGCCAAGGUCUACACCCCUUGCUUUUGCUCCCUGGGCUGUGCCGUCCCCAACCUCCCUCCGCCUUUCCGCGGCACCAGACCGCCUCUCCCUCCCCCAGCCAACCUUUGCACCCCCUGUUCCUGCCCCUUGUGCCCUCCAACACCCUACCUCAACCCCCCCCAGUCUCCCCCUUCUCCAACACCCUCCAUAUUUCCUCCCCCCUGGGGCUCGCCCAUCCGCACGCCUCCUUUCGGUGCCCUCUCUGCCCUCCCACGUUCUCACCCCCCGCCUCCCAACCUUCUCAUUACCCGCUACCAGGCUCACGCCAACUCGACUACCCACUACCCUUUGCCCCUUCCUCUCUGUUCCCCACCCUUCCUUUCCCACUUGGCUCCACCUGCCCACCCCCACCUCCCGUGGAAUUCUGCCCUGCCCUCCCCACCUCCGGCCCACCACCUGUCCCCACACCCUGCUCACCCACCGCUACAUCACCCCCGCCCCCCCCACCUCCACUACAGCCCGCCAACACUUCCCCUCUCAACCGGCCCCCAGCCCGCCCCCCCCUUGGGCCUCAAUCCCCUCCAACUGUCAGGCCCCCUCUACCCUCUCUUCCACCCACUGCGCACCGCUUUCCCCACCCUUUUCCCCUUUCCCCAAGCUAACCCCCCGCACCCCGGCCUCUGCCAGGGAGUUCCUUCCCCCUUUGACGCCCUCUUGAGCCAACUCCAGCAACUCACACCGCCACCGCCAGGCAUGCUGCCUCUAGCCAGGGGGGAACUUGCAGCUGACACUGCACGGGAAGGGGUAAGUGAGUUUGUGUGUGAAGGAGCAGCAGAGGCUGCAGAGGAUGGGGCAGCAAAGGCUGCACGGGAAGGGGCAAUGGGGGUUGUGGGGGAAGGGGCAGCAGAGGCUGCAGAGGAAAGGGCAGCAGAGGCUGCAAGGGAAGGGGCAGCAGCGGCUGCACGGGAAAGGGCGGCAGGGGCUGCACGGGAAGGGGCGGCAGGGACCGUGACUCUGGCCAGGCAAAGGGCAGAGGCCAUCGAGACAGGUUUUGCAGGAGUAGGGGCCACGGAACCUGCUGCUGUGUCGGCUGGAGGAACCGCAGCAGAGGAGGCUAUAGGGACCGCACCAGUCGAGGCUGCAAGGACUGCAGAAGGAGCGACAGAGGCCACAGUGGGGGCUGGUAUAGGGGGAGGUGCUACGGGUGCAGCGGGGAAGGGGGUAACGGGGACUGGUGCGAGGGAGAGUGCCGCCCCGGCUGUAGCAAGAGAGGGUACGGCAGGGGCUAGAGUGGGAGAGGGGACAGCAGUGGCCUCAAAGGCAGAAGGUGAGGCUGCAGCUGAAGCAGCAGGGAGGGCCAUAGCACGGCCAGUAGGGGCGGCAGGGGCCGCAGCAAACGCGGGGAAACACACAGCAGGGCCGGCAGGGCCGGCAGGGACUGCAAAAGGGGCUAGCAGUAAAGCGGCAGCAGGCGGGGUGGGCUCGGGGGACAUAGGGGCAACAGGGGAAGGAGAGGUGAGUGUGGUCCCGACCGGGGUGGGCACUGAAGAGGGGGAUGUGAUAGCGAUAGAGGAGGAUGAGGGAGAGGAUGUGAUGCACAUUGACGGGCCACUGGCCCAAUACCUCACGCUUGACGGUGAGGCCGACCCGGCCCCCCUGCAGCCUCACGUCGAGGUUCCCCCUCUACCCCCCAUGCCCGUCCCCAUGCUAGCAGAAGGACCGAUGGAGGGGCUGGGGGAGACCUUGAGGACAGAGCCGCGCGAGGGAGCCCCCAUCCUCACCUCCCGUCCUCCAGCCCACCCACCCCCAGGAGCACCACUUCCCCACCCCCACCCUCAGGUCCCGGUAGUGUCCAGGGGGGCAGCCAAGGCCCUGGCCUUCUUGGCGGAGCCGUGCUCCCCGACCCCCACGCUGCUCCAUGGCCAGCCCCCCUCUCCGUCCCCAACGCCUGACCCCACGGUUGCAGGCGGUCCACCGGGAGAGCACGCGGCACACCUCUGCCCCCACCCUCAGGGGCUCCUUAGAGCACCACGUGGAGCAGCCAGGGCUCUGGUCUUCCUAGAGGAGCCAUGCUCCCCGACUCCUACCAACACCCAGCCACCCCCUACCGGCCCACUACCCCCUCCUCCACCAGGCCCCCCCCCACCCGGUAGUACACACAUCUCGGAGGUUGAAGCAUCUCUGCGGCCAAAUCCCUCUCCCACACGCUACAGGCACCCAAACCACCCGAGUCGCCGCACAGCCCCAACACGCCCACCCAACAGGCUGCCCUCCCCACACCACCCCCCCCAGGCAGCCGAGACCCACCCGCAAGGGCUUGCGCCCCAGGCUCAUGGGAGCGGCGGCACCCGGGUAGAGGGGCCCACAGGAGAGGCCACCACAGGGCCCACACAAAUCUCUCUCCCCCCACCGUUUGUACCUCGCUCUAAUCUCCACACUAGCCCAGCCCCUCGACCCCCACCUCCAACCCCCUCUCCCGGCCGGGUUCCCCACGAGUGGCCCCGUUGGGCAGCCAUCACCCCCCACACACAGCUUGCCCGAUCUGUUCCCACGGAGGGGGAUGUUUCGAGGAGAGAGGGGAUGCACACAGAGCACCCCCCGCCUGGCGAACCACCCAUCCUCCCUCCACCCACCCCUUUGGCCCCACAGCCCCCCCUUCCUUCACAAACAGGCGCGGACAACCAGGUGGCGGCGGCCGCGAUCGCUACUGGGAGGGAGGCCGUCGGGUUGAGGGAUGCGCCCAUGGCAGACGCCACCGACUCCCCCUCCCAUCCCUCCCACCCCUUCCAUGUCGACGACCCCCUACCGCAACCCAUGGUGAUUGGGGAGGGCCAAGGGGGCCUUCUAGGGCAGGGUCCACACCCGAGCUCCGCUCAGCCAGCACGCCCCACUCCACCCUCUACCCUGCCAGCCCUCCUACUCUCACCUACAGGCAGGCAGGUCUUCGAGACCCCACAGGAGGUGAGGGCUGGCAUUUCAGAUUUGCUGGCAAUACACCGCCUGAGCAGCUCUCCGGCUGCCCCCACCCUUCCAGUCCCACAGGACCGGACCCGGACGUAUGCGGAGGUCACCCGGUCUGUCCCUUCUUUUAUCCCCCCCGCCACUCAGCUAGGCGCGUCACUCCCGACCCCAAUGGAGACGGACCGGGUUCUGAGGCCGUGUCACUCGCACCUAGACGGGGUGGCGCCUCCCCCCGUUCAGCCCGUGGCGCAGGAGGUCACCAGCAGUAGGGAUGAAGCAUCCGCCCCUACCGAGACCCCUCCGCCUGGGGUAGCAGAGCCGUCACUUGAACCGCACCCCGCCGAGGGGCAGGAGCACACCACGGCACACACUUCAGGCUCACCUCCACGUCCCCCCUCCCCAGCUUCGACACCGGUACCGGCACGAGGCCCGGCCCUAUCCUGUGCGACACCACCUCUAUCUUCGCUGACACCCCCCCCGCGCGGGGCUGGUGAGCCGUCUCCUCCCCUCGUCCCAGGCAAUCCUCUCGGAGCUCAGGCCGCCCACGGGGUCCCCUCUACAGCCAGUUCCGACGCCACGGCCCCGAUUGACCCCGCCGACACGGCGACAUCACCCGACCAGGUCGUGAGUUGCCCCACCUGCAGGAGCUCUCUCGCGAACCGACGCGCGCUCCAGCACCACAUUCCCUUCUGCCAUCCUGCGGACGCGGCUCGCAGGGCGCAGGCUGCCCAUGAUACCGCCUCGAUCAUCCCUUCCCUCUCACAGCCCCGUGCGACCGGGAUGCAGUUCACCGACGCACAGUGGCAGACGCUUGACUCGGUGGACUGGACAGAGUACUUCUCGCCCGAGCGUAUCCAUACACGCCCUCUCCGACGUGUCCCGGAGAGGGUCCGCGGAGGAUAUCUUGACGUCCUCAGUGCGAUCCUAGUCCGCAUUGCCCAGGACCCGGAGGCUGCUGGCCCUACCUUCCUCCUCGCUGCAGCGCCGACUCUUUUCCUUGUUCCAGCGACGCCACCCGACCGCUCGCACACGGCUGCCAUUGCAGCGCGCAUCUCCCGCUUUGGUCGAGGUGAGUGGGCUGAGCUAGUCUCAGAUGCACUAGGCCGUCGCACACCCCUUCCUCGGCGCACAAGUCACCGGUCACGCACCGCCACCGAUCCCUCUACAGCAGAUGAGCGCCGCAUUGCACGUUGCCUUCGUCUGGCAGCGUGCAAUGAGACCUCACGGGCGUGCGCGGCUCUCGAGUCCGCGGAGGCAGCCCCAGAUACACAGGGGACGAUACAGCGCCUGCAGUCGAAGCACCCCAACGCGGAGAGGCCGACCCCAGCUUGGCUGUCUGGCUUCCAGGGGUCCCCUCUUGUGCUCUCGAUGGAUCACUUACGCCGCGCGAUUUUCACAGCUCCGCGGGGCUCUUCGGGAGGACCGUCCAGUUGGGUCGCUGAGCACCUGCGAGACACUUUCUUAGCUCUCCCUCAGAGUCUCCAUUUCCUCCUGGCCGUGUACCAGCAGUGGCUCCAAGGCCGUUGCGCUCCAGCUGCACGCUCCUUGCUAGCGUCUUCCACCCUCGUGGCUCUGGCGAAGUCGAACAUGGAUGUUCGGGCGAUUGCCAUCGGCGAGGUUUUGGUCCGCAUUCUUUCUCGUGCAGUCUGUCUCCAGCUACGUGACCAGAUGGCGAGGGUCUUCUUGGCGUCACAGCAGUUUGGGGUGGGGGUUAUGUGCGGGACAGAGGUCGUAGUUAGAGGCGUCCGCCGCGCCCUGGCUGACCACCCAGACUGGGUGGUCUUGCAGCUAGACGUGGCGAAUGCCUUUAACUCUUUCCACCGAUACAGGAUGUUCCAGGCGCUGCAGGCCAGCCCGGAGUUUCAGUGUCUGAUCCCCUUCAUCGGCCUCUUCUACGGGACGCCCUCGGAUCUCCACUACAGGUCAGGCACGGGAGUGGUCACGAUGCACUCGGAGCGGGGCACUCGCCAGGGAGACCCUCUCAGCCCCUUCUUGUACGCUCUGACACAGCGUCUUGCUUUGGAGCCGGUUCUGGCGGAGGGGGAUGUCCAGCUCUGGUCGUACGCCGAUGACACGUACGUGCUAGGUCCCCCAGCCAGGGUGCUGCACCACUUUGCCGAGAUCGUGAGGCGCUUGGGCGAGAUGGGCCUUGCAGCCCAGCCGCACAAGUGCCUCGUCUACCAGACGGAGUCCUUUCUGUCCAGGGAUCUGGAGGCUUUCACGGGCCUAGGGAUCGAGGUCGCACGCCGAGGGCUCACCGUGACAGGCGUACCGGUAGGCACCGUUUCGUUCGUGGAGCAGAGUCUCCCGGAUCGUCUCGAGAGGAUGGGGCGAGUGCUACCUUGGCUUCCGAGGUUGCGCCAGCCCCAGACAGCUGCCCGCCUCCUUUCGGCGUGUGUCAGCACUCGUCCGCAGUACCUGUCGAGGACCGUCCCUCCUUCGCCCGCAGUGAUCUCCACUUUUACACGGUGGGACGCACACCUGGGAGAGACAUUUCAGCAGCUUUUAGCUUCAGGGACCUGGGCUUGUCGCGAGGACGUCCGAGAGGCCGCCCUAGACCAGAUCUUCCUCCCCAUCCGUCUCGGGGGUUUCGGCAUUCGUCGCAUGGCGCGCAUUGCCCCGGUGAGUUUCGUGUGCUCCUGGGUGCAGUGUGCACCCAUUCUCUGUUCUCUCCCUGCGUGUGGCGAGGUGUUUCGGCAGAGCUUCGCUUCAGGUGAGCCAGAGCAGAUCGACCGGGCUCUGCAGACGGCGCUAGAGGGUCUCCCACCUGACGUUCUCUCUCUCCUUCCCCCCUGGCCCUCUUGCGCUUCUGCCUCCCCCGAUUCCCUUUUUGCAGGAGCGAGCCGUCUUCUGGAGGCGCAUGCCUUGGAGGCCGUGCGUGCCCGUCACGCCUCUCCCUUGCACCUUGCCCGUUUGACUUCCCUUCAGGGCGGAGGUGCAGGGGCGUGGUUGACGUCGGUGCCGUACGCCGACCCACUGCGCAUCCCGGAGGCGCUGUGGCAGGCGGCUUCAUCUUCUCGUCUUGGUCUCCCUAUCCCCCAGUUAGCCCUUGCAGGUCAGUGCUCCUGCGGACAGGCGAUUGACGACAUGACGGUGCCUCAUCACGCGGCUCGGUGCCCGCGCUACGGGGUCGCCACUACCAUCCACGACACGGUGAAGUACAUGCUUCGAGACUUUGCGGUCGAGGCGGGCUUCGCGGUAAAGGUGGAGGACUCUACGCUGUUCACACAGUUGGAGGCGGCUCGAGCGAGACUACUGGGACAGCCAGUGGUGGGAGAGGGGACACGGGCUGAGGAACCGGGGGAGCGGAGAGGCAAGGCGGGACACCCGGGUGGCGGGGGACAAUGGGGACGGCACCAGCUGCGGGGUCAGGUGGAGCGAGGGACAGGUGGGCAGAGGGGACGGCAGGGGGAGCAGACGGGCCAGGACGGGGAGGGGGGACGGCACAGGCAGCAGCAGGAGAGCCAGUGGAGGCCGCGGGCCCAGGGCGCCGCGCCUCCAGGUUCGGCCUCGGGGGCGGGGCAGGGGCGGGAGCAGCAGAGAGCGGACGGAGGUACAGGAGGGGCAGCGGGAUUGGGAGGGGAGGGCCAGGGAGUGAGAGAGGCAGCAGGGGAUGGAGCAGGGGGGUCGGGAGGUUUGGGGGAGGGUAGAGAGGGGGAGGGGAGAGGACAGGUGGAUGGAGGAGAGGAGAGGGGGAGAGAGACGAUCGGAGAGGGGGCACCAAGGGACCAGACAGGGCAGCAGCCAGCGCAACAGCAGGGACCAGUCGGACGCACAGGCCGUGUAGGCACCGCCUCCCGCAUUCCAGAUCUCACCUGCCGCGACGUUGGCCAGGGUCUGAUGGUUCUUGUGGAUGUCUCCAUAGCGGAUCCACAGCGGGAGGGGAACGUGCAGCUGAGACGGGCGACCCCCACACAGAUUGGAGUGGCAGCAGCUAGGCGGGUGCAGGAGAAGCUGCGUCACUGGGGGCCGCACUUAGAGGGGCUGCAGCCGGCACCACACUUUUACGCGUGCGUGGCGGAGACCUUUGGCCUUCUGAGUGAGCCGCUGCGUCAGUUUCUGGGGCUCUGCGCAAAGAGGAUAGCACAGCGGAGGAGGGAUAGAGGUGGGGGGGAUGACGGAUCGGCACGGAUAUUUGAGGCAGGACUCACUACACGCCUCUCCGUUGCACUGCAGCGCGCGCAGGCUCAAUGCAUGAUCCAGCAUGCGUCACACCCCCUGCCCCCUCAUGCCAUCCGCUCCCCCCGCCCCUACCCUCCGCGUGCCCGCUCCCUUGCCGCCUCUUUUGACCCUCCCUGCCCCCCUCGCCGUUUCCCACCGCCCGCCAUUCGCUCCUCCCCGCCCGUGCGCUCCCCUCGUUUACCUUCUCCUCCCCCCUCCCCUCCUCUGCUGCACGCCUCUUCCUUCCCCUCGCCGACCCACUCCACUCCCUGCCCCUCCUCAAUCCGCACCCUGCCCCUCGUAUCUCGCCCCUCUAUGCUUGCUUCUCCCCUCCCUGCCCCUCCCUCCUCCCCGCCCUGCCCCUCGUUUUCCGCCCCCCCACGCCCGGUUUCUCCCCUCCCCGCGCCUCCCUUUCUUUCUCCGUGCCUCUCCUUUGCUCCCUCCCUGCCCCCGCCUGCCCAUGCCCCUGUCUUUGGCUUCUCCCCUCCCUGCCCCACGUUUCUCCCCUCCCUGCCCUUGAUUUCCCGCACCCCUGCCCUUGUUUCCUACCAUCCAUGCCCCUCGUCUCCCCCCCUUUGUACGUUCAGCCUCUUCCCUCCCUGCCCCUCCCUUCCUCCCCCCCUGCCCUUUGCUCUCCCCUCGUUACGCUCCCUUCUCCCCAUCCCUGCUGCCCUCUUACCACCAUCAGCCCAUCCCCACCACCAGCCCCCCUCCCACCCUUCUCUCCCCCCCUCCCUUUCCCUCUCUCUCUUUCUCACACACACACACGCACACUCCCCUCCCCCACCCCCCACCCACAUCCUCCCAUUCUGCCCCUCCCUGCCCCUUUCCCACCCCCUCGCACGCCCCUCACCUCCCACCUCCGUGCAACUGGUUUCCCCCCUAUGGUGCCUCCCUUGCAUCGCUCGCCCCUCUGCUCACCCUCUGCCCGCCCCUUUUCCGUGCCCUCAGCUGGCCCAGCCCCUGCCCGUUGCUGCCCCUCCCCUUGCCCCCUCAACUCCCCUGCCCCCCGUACACCCCAGUCCCAUCCAACCGCCCCCACCCUCCCCCGGCUGCCCGUUUCCGCUCUCCACCCCCGCGACCGUGUGCGGCUUCCAACCGCCCAACGGUGGUGCGCACGGGGCCCGUACUUCCCCCUCCAGCCUCCCUUUCCCCCCCAGCUACUUCCGCAUCCAGCCCACCUACCCCAGCCUCCCUCUACCUCUCCCUAACUCCACACCGCCGUUCCUACCCCCAGCCAAGGUCUACACCCCUUGCUUUUGCUCCCUGGGCUGUGCCGUCCCCAACCUCCCUUUGCCUUUCCGCGGCACCAGACCGCCUCUCCCUCCCCCAGCCAACCUUUGCACCCCCUGUUCCUGCCCCUUGUGCCCUCCAACACCCUACCUCAACCCCCCCCAGUCUCCCCCUUCUCCAACACCCUCCAUAUUUCCUCCCCCCUGGGGCUCGCCCAUCCGCAGUUAUCACCCUUCAUUGUUUCCCCAAUUCCCUCUCUCCCCUGUUUCCCGGCCCCGCAUCCUAUUCUGCAUUUACCACAGCGCCUCCUUUCGGUGCCCUCUCUCCCCUCCCACGUUCUCACCCCCCGCCUCCCAACCUUCUCAUUACCCGCUACCAGGUUCACGCCAACUCGACUACCCACUACCCUUUGCCCCUUCCUCUCUGUUCCCCACCCUUCCUUCCCCACUUGGCUCCACCUGCCCACCCCCACCUCCCGUGGAAUUCUGCCCUGCCCUCCUUACCUCUGGCCCACCACCUGUCCCCACACCCUGCUCACCCACCGCUACAUCACCCCCGCCCUCCCACCUCCACUACAGCCAGCCAACACUUCCCCUCUCAACCGGCCCCCAGCCCGCCCCCCCCUUGGGCCCCAAUCCCCUCCAACUGUCAGGCCCCCUCUACCCUCUCUUCCACCCACUGCGCACCGCUUUCCCCACCCUUUUCCCCUUUCCCCAAGCUAACCCCCCGCACCCCGGCCUCUGCCAGGGAGUUCCUUCCCCCUUUGACGCCCUCUUGAGCCAACUCCAGCAACUCACACCGCCACCGCCAGGCAUGCUGCCUCUAGCCAGGGGGGAACUUGCAGCUGACACUGCACGGGAAGGGGUAAGUGAGUUUGUGUGUGAAGGAGCAGCAAAGGCUGCAGAGGAUGGGGCAGCAAAGGCUGCACGGGAAGGGGCAAUGGGGGUUGUGGGGGAAGGGGCAGCAGAGGCUGCAGAGGAAAGGGCAGCAGAGGCUGCAAGGGAAGGGGCAGCAGCGGCUGCACGGGAAAGGGCGGCAGGGGCUGCACGGGAAGGGGCGGCAGGGACCGUGACUCUAGCCAGGCAAAGGGCAGAGGCCAUGGAGACAGGUUUUGCAGGAGUAGGGGCCACGGAACCUGCUGCUGUGUCGGCUGGGGGAACCGCAGCAGAGGAGGCUAUAGGGACCGCACCAGUCGAGGCUGCAAGGACUGCAGCAGGAGCGACAGAGGCCACAGUGGGGGCUGGUACAGGGGGAGGUGCUACGGGUGCAGCGGGGAAGGGGGUAACGGGGACUGGCGCGAGGGAGAGUGCCGCCCCGGCUGUAGCAAGAGAGGGUACGGCAGGGGCUAGAGUGGGAGAAGGGUCAGCAGUGGCCUCAAAGGCAGAAGGUGAGACUGCAGCUGAAGCAGCAGGGAGGGCCAUAGCACGGCCAGUAGGGGCGGCAGGGGCCGCAGCAAACGCGGGGAAACACACAGCAGGGCCGGCAGAGACUGCAAAAGGGGCUAGCAGUAAAGCGGCAGCAGGCGGGGUGGGCUCGGGGGACAUAGGGGCAACAGGGGAAGGAGAGGUGAGUGUGGUCCCGACCGGGGUGGGCACUGAAAAGGGGGAUGUGAUAGCGAUAGAGGAGGAUGAGGGAGAGGAUGUGAUGCACAUUGACGGGCCACUGGCCCAAUACCUCACGCUUGACGGUGAGGCCGACCCGGCCCCCCUGCAGCCUCACGUCGAGGUUCCCCCUCUACCCCCCAUGCCCGUCCCCAUGCUAGCAGAAGGACCGAUGGAGGGGCUGGGGGAGACCUUGAGGACAGAGCCGCGCGAGGGAGCCCCCAUCCUCACCUCCCGUCCUCCAGCCCACCCACCCCCAGGAGCACCACUUCCCCACCCCCACCCUCAGGUCCCGGUAGUGUCCAGGGGGGCAGCCAAGGCCCUGGCCUUCUUGGCGGAGCCGUGCUCCCCGACCCCCACGCUGCUCCAUGGCCAGCCCCCCUCUCCGUCCCCAACGCCUGACCCCACGGUUGCAGGCGGUCCACCGGGAGAGCACGCGGCACACCUCUGCCCCCACCCUCAGGGGCUCCUUAGAGCACCACGUGGAGCAGCCAGGGCUCUGGUCUUCCUAGAGGAGCCAUGCUCCCCGACUCCUACCAACACCCAGCCACCCCCUACCGGCCCACUACCCCCUCCUCCACCAGGCCCCCCCCCACCCGGUAGUACACACAUCUCGGAGGUUGAAGCAUCUCUGCGGCCAAAUCCCUCUCCCACACGCUACAGGCACCCAAACCACCCGAGUCGCCGCACAGCCCCAACACGCCCACCCAACAGGCUGCCCUCCCCACACCACCCCCCCCAGGCAGCCGAGACCCACCCGCAAGGGCUUGCGCCCCAGGCUCAUGGGAGCGGCGGCACCCGGGUAGAGGGGCCCACAGGAGAGGCCACCACAGGGCCCACACAAAUCUCUCUCCCCCCACCGUUUGUACCUCGCUCUAACCUCCACACUGGCCCAGCCCCUCGACCCCCACCUCCAACCCCCUCUCCCGGCCGGGUUCCCCACGAGUGGCCCCGUUGGGCAGCCAUCACCCCCCACACACAGCUUGCCCGAUCUGUUCCCACGGAGGGGGAUGUUUCGAGGAGAGAGGGGAUGCACACAGAGCACCCCCCGCCUGGCGAACCACCCAUCCUCCCUCCACCCACCCCUUUGGCCCCACAGCCCCCCCUUCCUUCACAAACAGGCGCGGACAACCAGGUGGCGGCGGCCGCGAUCGCUACUGGGAGGGAGGCCGUCGGGUUGAGGGAUGCGCCCAUGGCAGACGCCACUGACUCCCCCUCCCAUCCCUCCCACCCCUUCCAUGUCGACGACCCCCUACCGCAACCCAUGGUGAUUGGGGAGGGCCAAGGGGGCCUUCUAGGGCAGGGUCCACACCCGAGCUCCGCUCAGCCAGCACGCCCCACUCCACCCUCUACCCUGCCAGCCCUCCUACUCUCACCUACAGGCAGGCAGGUCUUCGAGACCCCAGAGGAGGUGAGGGCUGGCAUUUCAGAUUUGCUGGCGAUACACCGCCUGAGCAGCUCUCCGGCUGCCCCCACCCUUCCAGUCCCACAGGACUGGACCCGGACGUAUGCGGAGGUCACCCGGUCUGUCCCUUCUUUUAUCCCCCCCGCCACUCAGCUAGGCGCGUCACUCCCGACCCCAAUGGAGACGGACCGGGUUCUGAGGCCGUGUCACUCGCACCUAGACGGGGUGGCGCCUCCCCCCGUUCAGCCCGUGGCGCAGGAGGUCACCAGCAGUAGGGAUGAGGCAUCCGCCCCUACCGAGACCCCUCCGCCUGGGGUAGCAGAGCCGUCACUUGAACCGCACCCCGCCGAGGGGCAGGAGCACACCACGGCACACACUUCAGGCUCACCUCCACGUCCCCCCUCCCCAGCUUCGACACCGGUACCGGCACGAGGCCCGGCCCUAUCCUGUGCGACACCACCUCUAUCUUCGCUGACACCCCCCCCGCGCGGGGCUGGUGAGCCGUCUCCUCCCCUCAUCCCAGGCGAUCCUCUCGGAGCUCAGGCCGCCCACGGGGUCCCCUCUACAGCCAGUUCCGACGCCACGGCCCCGAUUGACCCCGCCGACACGGCGACAUCACCCGACCAGGUCGUGAGUUGCCCCACCUGCAGGAGCUCUCUCGCGAACCGACGCGCGCUCCAGCACCACAUUCCCUUCUGCCAUCCUGCGGACGCAGCUCGCAGGGCGCAGGCUGCCCAUGAUACCGCCUCGAUCAUCCCUUCCCUCUCACAGCCCCGUGCGACCGGGAUGCAGUUCACCGACGCACAGUGGCAGACGCUCGACUCGGUGGACUGGACAGAGUACUUCUCGCCCGAGCGUAUCCAUACACGCCCUCUCCGACGUGUCCCGGAGAGGGUCCGCGGAGGAUAUCUUGACGUCCUCAGUGCGAUCCUAGUCCGCAUUGCCCAGGACCCGGAGGCUGCUGGCCCUACCUUCCUCCUCGCUGCAGCGCCGACUCUUUUCCUUGUUCCAGCGACGCCACCCGACCGCUCGCACACGGCUGCCAUUGCAGUGCGCAUCUCCCGCUUUGGUCGAGGUGAGUGGGCUGAGCUAGUCUCAGAUGCACUAGGCCGUCGCACACCCCUUCCUCGGCGCACAGGUCACCGGUCACGCACCGCCACCGAUCCCUCUACAGCAGAUGAGCGCCGCAUUGCACGUUGCCUUCGUCUGGCAGCGUGCAAUGAGACCUCACGGGCGUGCGCGGCUCUCGAGUCCGCGGAGGCAGCCCCAGAUACACAGGGGACGAUACAGCGCCUGCAGUCGAAGCACCCCAACGCGGAGAGGCCGACCACAGCUUGGCUGUCUGGCUUCCAGGGGUCCCCUCUUGUGCUCUCGGUGGAUCACUUACGCCGCGCGAUUUUCACAGCUCCGCGGGGCUCUUCGGGAGGACCGUCCGGUUGGGUCGCUGAGCACCUGCGAGACACUUUCCUAGCUUUCCCUCAGAGUCUCCAUUUCCUCCUGGCCGUGUACCAGCAGUGGCUCCGAGGCCGUUGCGCUCCAGCUGCACGCUCCUUGCUAGCGUCUUCCACCCUCGUGGCUCUGGCGAAGUCGAACAUGGAUGUUCGGCCGAUUGCCAUCGGCGAGGUUUUGGUCCGCAUUCUUUCUCGGGCCGUUUGUCUCCAGCUACGUGACCAGAUGGCGAGGGUCUUCUUGGCAUCACAGCAGUUUGGGGUGGGGGUUAUGUGCGGGACAGAGGUCGUAGUUAGAGGCGUCCGCCGCGCUCUGGCUGACCACCCAGACUGGGUGGUCCUGCAGCUAGACGUGGCGAAUGCCUUUAACUCUUUCCACCGAGACAGGAUGUUUCAGGCGCUGCAGGCCAGUCCGGAGUUUCAGUGUCUGAUCCCCUUCAUCGGCCUCUUCUACGGGACGCCCUCGGAUCUCCACUACAGGUCAGGCACGGGAGUGGUCACGAUGCACUCGGAGCGGGGCACUCGCCAGGGAGACCCUCUCAGCCCCUUCUUGUACGCUCUGACACAGCGUCUUGCUUUGGAGCCGGUUCUGGCGGAGGGGGAUGUCCAGCUCUGGUCGUACGCCGAUGACACGUACGUGCUAGGUCCCCCAGACAGGGUGCUGCACCACUUUGCCGAGAUUGUGAGGCGCUUGGGCGAGAUGGGCCUUGCAGCCCAGCCGCACAAGUGCCUCGUCUACCAGACAGAGUCCUUUCUGUCCAGGGAUCUGGAGGCUUUCACAGGCCUAGGGAUCGAGGUCGCACGCCGAGGGCUCACCGUGACAGGCGUACCGGUAGGCACCGUUUCGUUCGUGGAGCAGAGUCUCCCGGAUCGUCUCGAGAGGAUGGGGCGGGUGCUACCUUGGCUUCCGAGGUUGCGCCAGCCCCAGACAGCUGCCCGCCUUCUUUCGGCGUGUGUCAGCACUCGUCCGCAGUACCUGUCGAGGACCGUCCAUCCUUCGCCCGCAGUGAUCUCCAGUUUUACACGGUGGGACGCACGCCUGGGAGAGACUUUUCAGCAGCUUUUAGCUUCAGGGACCUGGGCUUGUCGCGAGGACGUCCGAGAGGCCGCCCUAGACCAGAUCUUCCUCCCCAUCCGUCUCAGAGGUUUUGGCAUUCGUCGCAUGGCGCGCAUUGCCCUGGUGAGUUUCGUGUGCUCCUGGGUGCAGUGUGCACCCAUUCUCUGUUCUCUCUCUGCGUGUGGCGAGGUGUUUCGGCAGAGCUUCGCUUCAGGUGAGCCAGAGCAGAUCGACCGGGCUCUGCAGACGGCGCUAGAGGGUCUCCCACCUGACGUUCUCUCUCUCCUUCCCCCCUGGCCCUCUUGCGCUUCUGCCUCCCCCGAUUCCCUUUUUGCAGGAGCGAGCCGUCUUCUGGAGGCGCAUGCCUUGGAGGCCGUGCGUGCCCGUCACGCCUCUCCCUUGCUUGAAACGCUGGCGACCACGGGGUGCUCUAAGGAGCCCCUGAGGGUGGGGGCAGAGGUGUGCUGCCCUUGGGGGUGA